AUGGCACCCCUAGGCUCCAAGAGCUUCAGCCAGAUUGCUGACGGGGCUAGUUAUAGGGAGCAGGUGACUCUUUUGUUAGAACAAGCUUUGCGUGGCUGAUUGCAGCCUCUGGGAGCUUCGAAACAGGGCUGGUUGCCUUGCUGGAGGAGAAGGCACAGCAACAUGAGGCCUGCCCAUCCAUGUUUCAAGCCACUGGGGGAAAUGAGGGGGGGUUUGCUAGAGCAGAGUGGUCUAUCCUGGGACAGAGAUGUGGGAGGAGCUUCUAGAGAGAAGGAAUAUCACCCAUUGCAGGAGACAACCCCCUGGAGGAAUGUCACACACAGAAGCAGGACUGUCAGGAGACAUGCUGUGUCACUGGAGCUGCAAAAUUGAUUCCAUGGUCUCACUUUGGACGCCAAGGAGCCAGGACAGCAGUUGCAGACCUCAGAAUACACUAAGGUGGCUGUGGAAGUUACAAUGCACAGAACAAUUCCUAUGUAUUGAUGGUAGGUGACCUUUGAUAAUCUUGGUUGCCCUUCUCAGCACACGUUCCAGCUUGUCAACAUCCUUCUAAAACUGUGGUGCCCAGAACUGGACACAGUAUUCCAAGUGUGGUCUGACUAAGACAGAAUAGAGUGGGACUAUGACUUCCCUUGAUCUGGAUCUGGGCACUAUGCUUCUAUUGAUGCAGCCUAGAAGAGCAUUAGCCUUUUUUGCUGCUGCAUCACAUUGUUGGCUCAUGUUAAGCUUGUGGUCCACCAAGACCCCCUAGAUCCUUUUCACAGGUGUCCCUCAUCUUAUAUUUGUGCAUCUGGUUUCCCUGCUUAAGUGCAGAACCUGACAUUUUUCCCUGCUGAAAUUCAUUUUGUUGGUUUGGGCCCAGUUCUCCAAUCCGUUAAGGUCAUCUUAAAUCCUGGAUCCAUAUUCUGUGGCAUUAGCUACCCCUCUCAGUAUGGUGUCAUCUGCAAAUUGGAUGAGCAUCCCCUCAAUUCCUUCAUGCAAGUCGUUUAUAAGGAUGCUGAACAGCAACAGGCCCAGGACAGAACUCUGUGGCACCUCACUUAUCACGUUUUCCAUGAGGAACCAUUAACAAGUACUCUUUGGGUUCGGUCAGUCAAGCAGCUACAAAUCCACCUAGCAGUUACCUCGUUCACCCCACAUUUUACCAGCUUCUUCGCAAGAAUAUCACGGGGGACUUUGUCAAAAGCCUUACUGAAAUCAAGAUACACUAUGUCCACAGCAUCCCCCAAUCCACCAAACUUGGAAGUCCAUCAAAAAAAGAAAUGAGGUUCAUUUGGCAUGACUGUUAAAUCUUUUAUAUUUAUAUAUAAUUUUAAUUUUAUAAAUGUUUAAUUGGUUUUAAUGAUUCAACCUCUGUGUUCUUAGCUGUUCCAAUUUUAUCUGUAAACGGAAAGCCAGGGUAAAAAAUAAAUAUGCAAUGAUAACAAUACCUAGCUGGAUGCUAAUUUAUGCAAACACCUAGGACUCUGCUAUAUUAGUCAAGAAAUAGUGUUUUGUAUGCGUUAUAAACACGUAACACCAGAUGGCACCAGAGAGCAAAUAAAUUCUAAGUGAUUUUCUAUAGGUUUCCCCCCCUUUUGUUUAAUCUUUGAUUUGUUUAUAGUGUUUUUUAAUCUCUGACUUAUUUAUAGCAUUUUUCCACCCCUAUCUUCACCUUUAAACCUAUUUUGGUUUUACAGAUCUUCAUUGCACAUUGCUUCCUUGCACAAGGUUACAUCUGUAACACCCCAGAGGACAGGAUCACACUUCAAAACGACCUUGACAGAUUAGAGAACUGGGCCAAAACAAACAAGAUGAAUUUUAACAGGGAGAAAUGUAAAGUAUUGCACUUGGGCAAAAAAAUGAGAGGCACAAAUACAAGAUGGGGGACACCUGGCUUGAGAGCAGUACAUGUGAAAAGGAUCUAGGAGUCUUGGUUGACCACAAACUUGACAUGAGCCAACGGUGUGACGCGGCAGCUAAAAAGCCAAUGCAAUUCUGGGCCUCAUCAAUAGGAGUAUAGCAUCUAGAUCAAGGGAAGUAAUAGUGCCACUGUAUUCUGCUCUGGUCAGACCUCACCUGGAGUACUGUGUCCAGUUCUGGGCACCACAGUUCAAGAAGGAUACUGACAAACUGGAACGUGUCCAGAGGAGGGCAACCAAAAUGGUCAAAGGCCUGGAAACGAUGCCUUAUGAGGAACGGCUAAGGGAGCUGGGCAUGUUUAGCCUGGAGAAGAGGAGGUUAAGGGGUGAUAUGAUAGCCAUGUUCAAAUAUAGAAAAGGAUGUCACAUAGAGGAGGGAGAAAGGUUGUUUUCUGCUGCUCCAGAGAAGCGGACAUGGAGCAAUGGAUCCAAACUACAAGAAAGAAGAUUCCACCUAAACAUUAGGAAGAACUUCCUGACAGUAAGAGCUGUUCGACAGUGGAAUUGGCUGCCAAGGAGUGUGGUGGAGUCUCCUUCUUUGGAGGUCUUUAAGCAGAGGCUUGACAACCAUAUGUCAGGAGUGCUCUGAUGGUGUUUCCUGCUUGGCAGGGGGUUGGACUCGAUGGCCCUUGUGGUCUCUUCCAACUCUAUGAUUCUAUGAUUCUAUUCUAUGAUUCUAUGAUCUUCCUCCUUCAUUACUUUGUUCUCUCUGUCUUUGAAUGUAGCUUGCAUCUAGGAGACCCUUUGGCUCUCCCAUCAUCUCUAGCCAUUGGCCAUGCUUGCUAGGGCGGAUUCUUGAGGCAGUUCAGCCCCCUCUGAAGGGCCCAAAGGUCCCCCUUCUGAUUUAUGAGACCACUCCAUGGUCUUUAAAAAGUGUUUUCUUUAUUCUAAUUUAGAAUUAAAUCUCUAUUGCAACUUAAAUAUAACAGUUAAUUGUAAAGUAUAGUUUCCAUGUUGGUUUCAAUAGCAUUCAUGUAAAGCAGAAUUUCUUUCUUCCCCCCGCCCCCCCCCAACCCCAAACCAAACACCAUUAUCGUUUUCUCAUCAGCUGCAACAGAUGUCUCCUUUUCGUUUGAUGUUGGAAAUGGCCCUGUGGAGAUCCAUGUGAGGUCGCCUAGUCCACUCAAUGAUGACCAGUGGCAUUGGGUCACUGCGGAGCGGAAUGUCAAGGAGGCCAGCCUGCAGGUGGACCAGCUGCCCAAAGAGACCCGGAAGGCCCCCACGGAAGGACACACCCGCCUGGAGCUCUACAGCCAGCUCUAUGUUGGUAAGUGGGUGCUCUGGGCGGCUGAGCUACCAAAGGACUGUUUAGAUUAAUUUGCUUUUUUUGGUAAUCUACUAUGAAAAGUCUUAAUAACAUCUUACGUUGGUUUUUUUAAAAAGCCAAAGACCAGAAUGACAGUGUUUUCCACCACAUGCUUGGGGCCUUGAUGUUGUGAGACAGCCCAAUGGUUGCCACAGAGGUCAGACGCCUUGGCCUGAAUGCUGGGAAGGGCCUCUCCAGCAUCGUCUCCAAGACCACCUCCAUCAGCUCACUGAGUGGUGGGAUGGGCUGAACAACAGCAGCAUUUAGUUCUGUCUCUCAGCUUCAACUCUGGAAAUAAACCUUCAAAUCCAGUCCCAGAUUGGACUGUAGUCCUGAUGAGAGAGAUUGCAUUUUUAUGGGCAAUGGCAACACACACACACACCCUCCAGUCUGCGCUGGUGCUGCAUCCAGAACUCUGGGGUGCCGAGAAUGAAGGGGGUCGCCUGGUAAAGGGGGUGCGCUGAAUGGACGAAGAGGCUGGGGGUUGCAGUGGCAGUUGCUUAUAGGAAGCAGGAAAAUAAGGAAGGGCUGGUUAAGGUAUUAGUUGGUAAUGUUGGUAAAUGAGUGUUUUAAAUUUAUCUUUAAUUGAUUUAUUGAGCCAAAUUGAUUUACUUGGCCUAAUUUCCAGAUGUUCAAAGAUGAUGCAUGCUUUGUUCCCACUUAACAAAAGAAAGGCUCUUAGGGCCUGCAAAACUGUGAAGCUGGAACAUUUUGAAAGACAAUGGGGAAACCCAACUCCCUGUUUCCUCAUAUUAGAGUUGUAUCUUGUAUUUGCAUCUUCUUUUAUUGUCUGAAAAUUGUUUCUUUUUUACAUUUUAUCCAUUUUGUUCAAUAAAGGUUUGAAGGUUUAAUAUUACCAAAACACUUUAAUAACCAUUGACAGUAGCUCAGGACUACAGCGGUACCUCAGGUUACAUACGCUUCAGGUUACAGACUCCACUAACCCAGAAAUAGUGCUUCAGGUUAAGAACUUUGCUUCAGGAUGAGAACAGAAAUCGUGCUCCGGCGGCAUGGCAGCAGCAGGAGGCCCCAUUAGCUAAAGUGGUGCUUCAGGUUAAGAACAGUUUCAGGUUAAGUACAGACCUCCGGAAUGAAUUAAGUACUUAACCUGAGGUACCACUGUAUUUGGAUUACUAGUAGCCAUAUAACUGGGGGUAAAAAAACAGUGCCACUCCUAUCACAGGAAGCUUGAAAUUGGUUUGGCUAAGUCUCUGUUAGGGCUGGACUCUAAAUUCAUUUGCACAAGAAUGGCGCUUAUCUUAAUUGCAUGUCUCCUACCUUCAGAAUGAUUAGCAGUAAAGAGCAAUUGAUCGUAAUGUUGACUGGUUCAGGAGAUAGUUGUAACUCAUUCUGGGCAUCCACUUGCUUAGGAAGCUGUCAGUGCUGGGAGUCAGUGUGCCUUCCCAUGCUUACAACCAGUUUCACAGAAGGGCUCCUUGUGAAUGAAUGUAAGGGGGCCAGACCUAGUUUCCCUUACCCCCAACCCCACUCCCACAACCCAGUUUCCAGGCAAGGCCUUCUGGUAGAGUCGCCAGUCCCUCCACACACCUCUCUCCUCAGAGGUCUGCCCAUGGAGGGGGGGGACCUGUGGAAACAAUCCCUGGCUCUUCUCUUUUAGACCCUCCUGUGCAAUAUGUGAAAGCGGUUCUUCGUCAUCUAGAAGGAGCAUCUUUCGACUGAGCAUUUUCCAUUCUUGCCCAGGUGCCGCAGGAGGACAGAAGGGGUUUCUGGGCUGCAUUCGCUCUUUAAGAAUGAACGGCUUGACUCUGGAUUUAGAAGAGAGAGCCAAAGUCACCCCUGGUGUGAAACCUGGGUGCUCAGGACAUUGCACCAGCUUUGGGAUGUACUGCAAGAAUGGUGGCAAAUGUGUUGAAAAAUACCAUGGCUACUCCUGUGAUUGCUCUGGGACAGCAUACGACGGUCCAUACUGCAAAAAAGGUAACAUUUUACAUAGGAUCAUGGCACCAUUUCCGAGUGUAGCACAUGGACAUUGUGGAUCAUAGUUUGUUAGACAAAAAAUACCUCCCCAUCACAGACUGGAGCCAGCUGAAUGUGUACAAGCCGGAAGGGGCGUAGAGCAGGUUUCUCCAGAUGUCUGGAUUCAUACAUAUGUGCCAACUUACAGGGCAGAUGGGGGGGUGUCCCGCGUGUGUGUGAUGUCACACGCACAUGCUAAGCAUCCCGAGAGCUGGCUUCUCCUCCCUUCUGCAGCUCCUGUCGAUCUUGCGCCCAGCAGCCGGCCAUGAAAGCCGUGACUCUGCGCUUGGCCCCCUGAAUAUUGAGCCAAUUAAUGAUGCAGGGCCCCCAGAGAGCUCAGCGCCCCUCCAGUGGUGCCCCUGGAUUCAUCUAUACCUUCCAGCAGUGCUAGGGGAGAAUCAAGAACUUGCGGAGAGAUGUGCGGGGCAUCAAGUGAGCAGCAGAGGAGGCAGGAGAGAGGGCGGAGGAGGUGGGAGUGGGAGGCAGAGGCGGGCAGGAUGCUGCUCUCGGGGCGCUGUGAGAAUACACCUUCAGUUGUUGGACUAUUGAUGUGUCUUGCUCUAAGGGAUGGUAAAUAAUUGCAGUAACAACCAAGUUGUUACGACAUUUUCUUUUUUCUCAGUAAAAUAAUGCAGGGAAGCUCCCCUCCACUUCCUACUCAUCUCCCUGCCUAGUCUAGUCAGAAACUCAUAGCAGAGGUCUAGCUGACAAAUAAAAAGAAAAGAAAAUGAGAGAAAAAAGAAAGAAACAGAGGAGGAAGGAUCACAUGCAUUAUUAGCCUAAUAAAGGGUAAAGUGUAUUAUACUAAUUCGGUCCUUAUCUUCUAAUGCUGUGUCCUCAUGUGCUCCUUCAUAGUCUCUCCAAGACUAUUUCUGCAUGUGCAUGAGGAAUAAUGUUUUAGGUCUAAACAAUUGUAUUCGCUCAUUGGGCUGCAAUGUGACUUCUCAUUAUUAGCAUGUCCCCAUUUAUGUCUUUCUGCCACAUUACAUACGUUUAUUUAUAAAACUGAGAGAUUGGUAACCUUGACUAGACGCAAAAUAGUACAGAGCAAUUCCCGCCCUCUCUUCCUCUCCCAGCCCUAUGGGGGAUAGAAUAGCAGCUGCUACACUCCCUUAUAGUGUAGUUUUUCUACUCUGUGUAAAAGUGAGAAAUAUGCUGAUAUUGUGUUUCCAAAGAUCUGAAUUUGUUGCAUGGUUUGAUGCCCAAAAUAAGUACAGCAGGCUGGACAAAAAUGACUUUGUCAGAUUCAAUUUGUCAAAACUGAUUGCUGCAAUCUAAAAAUUAGUUUUAGAAGUGGGGCCUUUUAGCGAGGUCAAACUGUAGAGAGGCACUUUCAGAGAUUAUGGGAAAGUGAGAACCCUAAAGAAGGGAGAGCAAUAAUUUGUGGAUAAUUUAAGAAAACAGAGAGGAGCAGACCCCUCAAAAGUUCUUCUCACUCACAGGGAAAUGUUGGAGCACCUGCUUCCUAAGGGACCCUGUGGCACAUCUUGGAGAUGACUCUGAGCGGACUAGAACAUAUAAAGCAAAAGUGCUGAGAUCUGAUUUGCAAAGCAGACUAGGGGCCCGUUCAGACCAGACUUGAGACAGGGCAGUCAUGUGUCCUAAAUUUAGAGAGGACCAUCCUCUGUUUUAAGCACUGUCCAGUCCAGUUCAGUUUAAAAAGAAGGAAGUCCAAGAAGGGGGAGCAGGGCUCUUGAAAUUGUCCAGCAAUAGUCCCCACCUGGGCAGCAGACACAGGUCACCUGGUCAGAGUCUUCCCCACUAUGGCGAGCUACAUGAGAUUUCUUUAAACUAUAGCAAUUGUUUCUAAAUUUGAAUCUAUACAUAUUAAUUAGGGUGUGCAAAUGUUGUGCAUGUCGUUGUCCUCUCUUUUGGCAAAGCAUUCCUAUUUUUGAGGGGUGCAUAAGUGGUCACCCUCGGGGGAGGAGCAGGAACAUGCCUGCCCAGCCAGUCUUUCCCACCUCCACACCAUCCAGACACCAGCACAUUGUGUGUCAUAUUUGCAUAGGGGUCAAUAUCUGAAGUCCAGCAUGUAUUGGCCCAAUGGCACAUUCAUUAACUCACUGAAAACCCAGGAGGUUACUCCAUGGUUUGGGGCUAUGGACGUCACAGGUGUUCGCUAACUCUGAUGUCUGAAAUGCAGCCCUCUGGCAGGCUCCAAGGAGGAAGACGUGUGCCUUGUGGGUGCCAUAGGCAGCAGUUGAAGAAGGAGCAAAAAGGGUUUUCUUGUGUGUGUGAGUUUCUUUGUGGCUGAUUAGCUGCUCUCCCUGUGCAAAGGUCAGAGGGGGCAGGGUUUCUGUUGAGGCAGGUGAAUAGCUGUGGGAGGAGCUUAUCAGAGCUUGCAGGGCAGCGGCGCGUGCAGUUUGAUCCAUCUUUUAGAUUUAGGGGAGCUAGUCUCAAACGUUUGUUGGGGGAGACCUAGGUUUUUUUUGUGUGGGGGGAGUUAUUUGUCCUGACCAUAUGUCAGGAGUGCUCUGGUGGUGUUUCCUGCUUGGCAGGGGGUUGGACUCGAUGGCCCUUGUGGUCUCUUCCAACUCUAUGAUUCUAUGAUUCUAUGAACAUUGCUUUACAUGCACAGAGCCUCGUUCAGUCUGGCUAGGAGACAAGAAACUGCACAUAUUCCAGUAGUGAAAAUAGAUCCUUCUUUAUCUUACACAACAGUGACUUUCAAUUUCAAUGCAUUUACAGGACCGGUAAAUAGGAAUGAUAGAAAAGAAUCUAAGCAAAUAAAUGCUGCUGGCACUGAGGACCAGCCUAGAUUGGUUUAUAACUAGCAAGCACUUCUCAGGGUGAGCGUGGGCCACACAUUAUGGGAAUAUUUUUAUUGAUGAAAUUCAUGCUUGGAAUUCCUGAUUGAUGGCUGGUGUGAAAUUGCACCGCUUCCCGUCUUUGGAGGGCCCGAUCUCGCGUAUGAGUGACACUUCAGGUGCCGUAGAUUUGCAGCAGCUGGCCAAGGACAUAGCUGUCAAAAUGGAGUUUGACAUUUCUUUCUAUUAGGAGCUUUUUCGGGUGGGGGGUGUAAUCAGCUGCAAUUGUUCUUUCACUGAUCUGAGAAAUUGUUAUGAGGAGCGGCUGAAAUGAGUCUGCAGUCCCAGAGAUUGCUUUGCUGACCUCAUUUUGCCCUUAGUUUACGUAUGUUUCCCCUUCUUUGUGGAAGCCGCCCAGCAGCACUUAAUGGCAUUUCUGAGGGCUGAACCAGUUUGUAUUCAUUUUGGCAUUCUUAUUAGCUUGCUGCCUAAGCAGAGGGGCUGGGGGACAUAUCCUGAAAUCAAUGGGCUUGUUUUUAUAUAGGAACAGACUCUCUGAGGUGAGGAAGAUGUCCCUCUCCAUCUUCACAUAAGAGACGAGAGAGGAUUUGGCCACUGGGCAAAAGAGCAGGGGAAAGCGUUUGACUGCAGCAGCUUUUGCAGAGCUCCCUCCUCACAGCUUUCAUGCUCUCGCUGACUUUUUGGGCUCCACUGUGCUCUGGGCAUCUCAGUUAUGAUGGCCUUGGCAGUGUAAACUGCCUUGAAGAAUUGAUAGAAAGGGGAGCUAUAAAUUGUAUUUCAUCACAAUCCUAGCUGUGUCUUACUCAGAAGCAAGUCUUGUGGGGUUAGGACUGCAGCCAUCCUUAGCAACUCCUGAGCAGAAAAGUGUUGUUGCUGCUGCUGCUGCUGCUCCUGGUCCCGCUUGCAGGUUUCCCACGGGAGCCUGUUUGGUCACUGUGACUAGGUAGGCCUUCGGUCGCAUCCAGCGGGGCUCUUAGGAGCAGAUAAAGAAAAGACCAGGUGUCUAUCAUCAAAAUUCAUCCUAAUCCAAAUAGGACCCUGUUGCAAGACUCCUUUGCCUCGCUUCUAGAUGAAUAGGAGUAUAAUUUUGCCAUUUUUGUAUGUCCCGAAAUUGCAAUGAAAAUAUAUGGAAACCUAAGAGUUGCUUACAAAUGCUGGAAAAGGUCUACAUUUUGUAAUGGUCCUGGAAGAAAGAAUAUUUGCAGCUUGUGCUAAGAUAUAGGCUGCUUAAUUAAUGUCCAGCAUCGCUAUCCAAAACCAUCAUCACUAUUUAUAAAACUCCCAAAACCAUUGAAAAAGGUGUCUUAAUUCACAUGGAUAUAACAGGAAGAAGUGCACCAGCAGCAUCUCCUUUCACUGCCCAACAACAAGAACUGGAGGUUUAUAAUGAGAUGGGAUAAAGAACUAAAUUGAAUAGGAGAGAAAGGGAGUUAUAAAAUUAGCCAGGAAAAGACUUGGACGUGCAUCAAGUGAUAGGAAUGACUUCUCUUGAGGGCCGCCCACGUGGUCUGCCCUGGUAAAGCAGAGCCCGCAGGUAAGUCAGGGGGGUGCGCUGCGUGUGUGUCGGGAUCGCGGCUGGACUUUGGGGUCAUCAUGACACUCAGAGCCAAUCUACACAUUCGGAAUGUCCCUGUGAAGCUUUAGGGGCGACAGCUGCAAGCCGAGAUUUUUGAAACCUACAAGUCCCCUACACUUUUAAAGGUUUUGAUGAUUAAUUGAUUAACUGGUUAAAAGGUAGACAUUUGAUUACAGAAAUACCCACCACAGAUUGAUAGCCCCAGGGAAUACCUCACUCCAACACAUGAACCCAAACUUUUUUAUUGAUGCCCUUACUCAUUUCAAGCAGUUGACUAAGACCUCUUCACACAACCCUGGAGUCUUCUAUCAUGGCCUCUGAAAAAGCACUUGAAACGUCUGUGGAUGGAAGCAGUCAUCUGCAUGCCAGUCAUGCCCUUAGAAGCGCCAUUUUGUGGGCAAAAUGCUGUUGAACCAUAAAGUGGGUCAAACCCAAAGUAGUGUGGCUCACGGUUGGUAGUGUCCGCAUGUAGGUUUUAGAUUUUCAUUAUCAAGCAAAAGGGAUGAAAUUGGAUCUAACAAAAAAGGAAGGUGUAAAAUGGAAUUGCUUUUCAUGUUAGUAUUUUGGAGGAGAUUUAUGGUGGAAUGACAGAUAUAAAUCUAUCACAGAGAGCUCUGAAAAGAAAGGAUGGACUGAUGUUUUAUGUGAUUGCACCAGGGACACUUCUAAACACAUUAAUUCAUUUUUUGGGAAAGCAACAAAGUGCAAUACUUGCUAGUGUUAGAUUUAACAAAGUCUUGUGAAAUUGCUUCAUUAAAAUCGUUUCCAGGUGUUACCCCAUUCUCAGCAGUUUCUUUACUGGGCAUUUGCUUGCCCAUCCAUCACAUCUGUCCAGACUGGCCCAUUGUUCUAGUAAAUUGAGAGAUGAGCUGAUGAUAAGAUUACGAUAAUUAUAGUGUGUGUCCAUCCAGAUAUGUCAUAGUACUGUAACUUCCUUUUUCUCUUUCCCCUUCUCCAGACGUGGGCGCUUUUUUUGAAGAAGGAAUGUGGCUCCGGUAUAAUUUUUCAUCUGUGGGGAAUAACGUGAAGGACUUAGGUAGCAGAACUCUCUUGAGCUCAAAGGAAACAGAGAACGUUGUGUCAGACCACAGCCUGAAGAAAGAAGAGCUGAGCUUUAGCUUCAGCACUAACAAAGCCCCCUGUAUCCUCCUGUAUGUCAGUUCUUACUCCCAGGACUACAUGGCUGUGCUGGUGAAUCCCUCUGGUAAGUGCUUUGUCUUUGCUCUCCUUAUGUGAAAAUUCCUCUCCUUAUGUGUUUAUUAUACUGUUACAAAAGUUGGGUGCUUGCUCCUCUCUCUGCUGAGCGGCAGCAAAAACCCAUGGGGUUCCAGGCACUCACCCAGGGUGACAGUGUCCCUUUGGAGAAUUGAGACAAAACGGAGACUGUUGUAGCUUUAAGAAACAGGGUGUGUCAGCCUGCAUGGGGGGAGUCCAGACCUUGCAGCAUGUUCAUCUCAAGAGGGGCUUGACCUGCACAGCUGUGCAACCAUGGAGUCCAAGGCAUCUCACCCAGCCAGCCUUCAGCCAGCCUGCCCAAUAUGGAUCCCAGUCUUUCUUCUCCCCUUUCUUCUUCCCAGAACACACUUUGCUUUAAAGACUCAGAUUGUGAGUUCUGUACUAUUGCAGUCAUAAUCCUUGCCAGUUUGGGGAUAGCAGAGAGUUGUAGCUGCUUUAUUGUUGAGAUGUUGGCCCCAUCGUCUUACCUACAACUCCCCUUGUACCGUGUGCAAGUUCUGCUUUGAAGCAUGUCACACGGGAACAAACCCUCGGGAAACCAUGGCUGAGGACAGUGCUGUGGCAAACCUGAGCUUGCUUCUGUGGAAUGUGUGAAAUGGCCUUCGGACCUCAAAUCAUUACAAUCACACAUUGCCCUGGACCCAGAAACAUCAUAAAGAGGUCACUGAAAUGUCACUAAAAGGGCAGAAUGGGGGUGGGGUAGGGUGGAACGGGGUAUUUGCAGGGUUUUUCAGUGGGUUUCAAUUAUACGUGAUUUCACCGACAUGUAUUGUGCCUCAGAACAUAACCCCCACAUCACAAUGACUGGAUGUAAAAACUAAAAAGUUGCAAUUUUUAUAGAAAAAGUUCUAGAAAACAGAUAACAAUAACUGAAUAGUUGAAUGUUAUUUUCUGUAGGAAACUUGCAGAUUCGAUACAACCUUGGAAGCACUAAAGAGCCGUAUAAUAUUAAUGUAGAUCACAGGAACGUGUCAAAUGGACAACCACACAGCGUUAACAUAACACGGCAAGGAAGGUUUAUCAGUCUCCAGGUAAAUGUGCUGUUAUGGGGUCAUUGAUAACAUUAAUACUAAGAAUGUGGAAUUUGCAAAUGGAAUGCAGGCAGAAGGUGGAGGAAUCUAAGCCAGCCAGGCAUCAAACACAGAUGGGAUGCUCAUUCCUCCUUUGGUCAGAGAGAGAAAGGGGGUUGAACAGGGUUUCCCAAAGUGGGCGAUGCUGCCCCCUGGGGGCGUUGGAAUGAUCCUGGGGGGCGGUAGCAGUCUAGGCUAGGGUGCAAUUGGGGGGCGGCAUUGAAUAAAAAUAAAGGGGUGGGGGAAGCAUAAAGAAAGAAGAGAAGAACAUUAUUGAAAACUGUACAUAUUUCAUCUGUUGUGUAAUGAUGCUUACCAUCCGGUUGGGUGCCAUUGUGGGACAGUGACAGCGCCUCCCCUGGAGAUGAGGGCUUUUCCCAGGCUUGAGGAAACCCUUUUUGCAGCUUGCCUGCCUCUUUGGCCAAGGGCAGGUGGGCUGUGGCACCGGCCCCUCCCUUGGGGCGGAUCGGACUGUUUGUUUGCUUAAAGAAGGGAGAUUUCCAGGGGGGCACUGAGUAGGUUUUUUUCUUGAAAAGGGGGCAGUAGGCAGUAUUCGACUCCAAUCAAAUAGUCGGCAAAGGCUUUUGUAGGAGUUGACCUACAUUUAUAAUUACAUCAUGAUGAAUGAAUAUUAAAGACAGAAAAGCCUUGCAAAAACCUAGGAGUGCACAUGCACACACUUUGCUUAGAAACAGAACUUUUGUUUAGGACAUGGGACUAUAACUGUAACCUUUUUUAAAAAAGACUUUAGUUGUUGUUUUGCACUUCCUGUAUAGUGUUCUGUUUUAUUUGCUUGGUUUUAUUUAAUUUUUAAUUGUCCCUGAGCUUUUCUGUUGUCAAGCAAGGACCAGAACUGUUCAGCCUCAUGAAUGUUAGUCUUCAGUAUUUGGCAUGAAGGGAGAAGAUCUGCGCAGGGAGAGAGACCUGGCCGUUGGUUGUGCUUGUCUGGCCUCCCUGGGCUGCUGAGGUCCCCUCUAAGUUCUGAACAACUGGGAGCCCUCCUUUUCUCUCCCCUUCCAGCAAGAUCGGACUCUGAGAGAAGGGGUUUCUCCCUCCUCCCUUUUCAGCACUGAAUUCCAGGCGUGCCACAGAGAUCCCUGGUGCAUCCAAUUUUUCUCCUGAACCUGGUGCAAAGAAGUCUCACCCCCUUUCCUGAUCAGAGGGAACCAUUCUGCUUAGUACUGAGCUGGCGCUCAAAUUCAGCAGGAUCACUCUGCCUUCAUAGGGGCUGAUGCGAAAAAGGAGCAAUCCUGCUUUCUUUCUUUUUUUAAAAAAGACUGUACUUGAAUAUAUAUUCAUUGGCUGAUUGUUUUUCUUACUAAUAAUGGUGAUUUUACUAAAACAAAAUAUUCUUUUGCAACUUACACAUCUUCAAAAUAUAUUCCUUUUGUCCUUCACCUUUUGAUGAAGGAUGGUACAUUGUGAGCCUGUGGACAAGGUUUGCCUUAUCUUUUAAUAUCUGUAUAACACUUAGAAAGUUUUAAGUACAAUACAAGUAUUAUUAUUAAUGCAGAAACUCCAAGUGUUUUCCAGGGACAGUCCAGGAUUUACAGAAGCUGUCCCACUUUCUGAUUUGAUCCCAGAAUAUCCCACUUUUCCUUAGGACGCCCCUAUUUCCAUCAGUGAAAUUUUGGAGGGUCUGCAGUUAUGCGACCCCUGAGCCAAGGAGAUAAGUGACUCUACAACCUUUCAAUCCUGCCCACCUAGCAGUCCGAAAGCACGUCAAAGUACAAGUAGAUAAAUAGGUACAGCUCCGGCGGGAAGGUAAACGGUGAUUCCGUGUGCUGCUCUGGUUCACCAGAAGCGGCUUAGUCCUUCUGGCCACAUGACCCGGAAGUUGUCUGCGGACAAACGCCAGCAUCCUCAGCCAAUAAAGCGAGAUGAGUGCCGCAACCCCAGAGUCAUCUGCGACUCAACCUAAUGGUCAGGGGUACCUUGGCCUUGACCUUUACAACCUUUAGAAGGCAGCCCUGGAUAUUUUAUUAUGUUUUUAUAUAUGUUGGAAGCUGACUGGGCAAGCCAGUCAGGUGGGUGGGGUGGGAAGAAGAAGAAGAAGAAGAAGAAGAAGAAGAAGAAGAAGAAGAAGAAGAUGUCGUCCCUAUUUUCAUCGGAGAAAUGUUGGAGCGUCUUUUUACCACAAGAUAUUUCAACUCUUAAUGUCUCACUCCCUGAUAACCACUAGAUGGCAGCACAUCAUAACUUUUUGAAAGGCUCUUCUCCUGUUUUCCUUAUUCCCACAUAUUAUAUUAUUAUUGGUAGCUAGUUAUCAGAAAUUAGUCAGCCAUUAUUGAUUUCUGGACACCCGCAAUACCUAUUUGAGGAUAAAGAAUCACCAUGUGUGUUAAGUUGUGGGUGAACAUAUCAGACGACACAGCGAUUCUUCAAACAGCUCUUGUUUAUUCACAGGCCAGAACAGAAGUGAACUGAAGGGUUCAGCCAGCCUGCUUAUAUAGAGCUCCACUAGAACACAACUGUAACACUUUCUGUAACUAUCCAAUCACUGAACAUCACUUUCAAUCCCUUAUUUGCAUAUGUGGACAUGAGUGAAAACUAUACAGUAUCCCCCUGCUGGCCCAGGGUGAGAACUUCAGUACAUAACAAUAUGUGCCCCACAUUCCCGGGGUAUUUGAGUGUAAAGGGCAUUUCUCACUGAGGCACCAAAUUAUUGGAUUCAUGAAAUAGAUAUUAAUCAUGGAGGGUGGGAUGCUGCAAUUCAUAGAAUCAUAGAAUCAUAGAAUAGAAUCAUAGAAUCAUAGAGUUGGAAGAGACCACAAGGGCCAUCGAGUCCAACCCCCUGCCAAGCAGGAAACACCAUCAGAGCACUCCUGACAUAUGGUUGUCAAGCCUCUGCUUAAAGACCUCCAAAGAAGGAGACUCCACCACACUCCUUGGCAGCCAAUUCCACUGUCAAACAGCUCUUACUGUCAGGAAGUUCUUCCUAAUGUUUAGGUGGAAUCUUCUUUCUUGUAGUUUGGAUCCAUUGCUCCGUGUCUGCUUCUCUGGAGCAGCAGAAAACAACCUUUCUCCCUCCUCUAUGUGACAUCCUUUUCUAUAUUUGAACAUGGCUAUCAUAUCACCCCUUAACCUCCUCUUCUCCAGGCUAAACAUGCCCAGCUCCCUUAGCCGUUCCUCAUAAGGCAUCGUUUCCAGGCCUUUGACCAUUUUGGUUGCCCUCCUCUGGACACGUUCCAGUUGGUCAGUGUCCUUCUUGAACUGUGGUGCCCAGAACUGGACACAGUACUCCAGGUGAGGUCUGACCAGAGCAGAAUACAGUGGCACUAUUACUUCCCUUGAUCUAGAUGCUAUACUCCUAUUGAUGCAGCCCAGAAUUGCAUUGGCUUUUCUUAGCUGCCGCGUCACACCGUUGGCUCAUGUCAAGUUUGUGGUCAACCAAGACUCCUAGAUCCUUUUCACAUGUACUGCUCUCAAGCCAGGUGUCCCCCAUCUUGUAACUGUGCCUCUCAUUUUUUUGCCCAAGUGCAAUACUUUACAUUUCUCCCUGUUAAAAUUCAUCUUGUUUGUUUUGGCCCAGUUCUCUAAUCUGUCAAGGUCGUUUUGAAGUGUGAUCCUGUCCUCUGGGGUGUUAGCCACCCCUCCCAGUUUGGUGUCAUCUGCAAAUUUGAUCAGGAUGCCCUUGAGUCCAUCAUCCAAGUCGUUGAUAAAGAUGUUGAAUAAGACCGGGCCCAAGACAGAACCCUGUGGCACCCCACUAGUCACUCUUCUCCAGGAUGAAGAGGAACCAUUGAUGAGCACCCUUUGGGUUCGGUCAGUCAGCCAGUUACAAAUCCACUGAGUGGUAGCAUAGUCAAGACCACAUUUUACCAGCUUCUUUACAAGAAUAUCAUGAGGCACCUUGUCAAAUGCCUUGCUGAAAUCAAGGUAGGCUACAUCCACUGCGUUCACUUCGUUCAGGGAUACUUGCGAAGGAACAUACACUUGCCAAAAGAUACAUACUCUCUAGAAAAGGGAAGUUGCCAGAACUUUUUCUGGAAAAAAGAAGUGGAAUUUGCUGCCAAGGAGUGUGGUGGAGUCUCCUUCUUUGGAGGUCUUUAAGCAGAGGCUUGACAACCAUAUGUCAGGAGUGCUCUGAUGGUGUUUCCUGCUUGGCAGGGGGUUGGACUCGAUGGCCCUUGUGGUCUCUUCCAACUCUAUGAUUCUAUGAUUCUAUGAUUCUAAGUGCACCCUCUUUGAACUCUGUGGUUUUACAUAUGAAUAACGAUCAUCUGUUCCUGAGCAGGCCUUAGAAUUAGGUAAAUACAUCCUCAUGAACAACAGCACAUGAUAUAUUGAACUGUGUCAUGAUUUAUUUAGCAGAAAUAAAGCCAAAAUGGAAGAGCCAUGUGUGAAAAACUAAGUACACCUUAUGUUUUUUUUAAAAAAAAUAAUAUUAUUUUUCCAAAAACACUAAAAGAAAAAAGAAAAGAAGAAAAAGAAAAACAAUACAAUACAAGACAUCAAAUUAACAAAACAAGACUAAGACAAUAAGAUAAAUCCUCCAAUUUCAUUAUCCCUUCUUUCAUUCACUUAUUUCCACGACCUCCUCACACCUCCCUUUUUGUAUUCCACUUCUGUUAAUUAUUUCAGCAAUUCCUUUCCAUCCUCCUCUGUUUUCUAUCCUAUAAUUAUCUUAACUCAUUCUAACCUUAUUUUUUUCCUUUAAUAUUCUAUUAACCUAUCUGUACUUUAAUUCCUUAUAAUAUUUCUACUAAAGCCAUAUAACUUCAUUUCAACAUUUUUCUAACAUUCAUUAAUUUUACAAUAUUUCUGUAAAUAAUCUUUAAACUUUUUCCAGUCUUCUUCCACCGACUCUUCUCCCUGGUCUCGGAUUCUGCCAGUCAUUUCUGCCAGUUCCAUGUAGUCCAUCAACUUCAUCUGUAGCUUUUACACCUUAUGAUUCAAUAGCUUGUAGAACCACCUUUAGCAGUAAUAACAUGAAGUAAUAGUUUUGUGUAGGACUUUAUGCAUCUCUCACAUCAUUGUGGAGGAAUUUUGGCCCAUUCUUCUUUACAGCAUUGCUUCAGUUCAUUAUGCACAGCUCUCUUAAGGUCCCGUACAGCAUUUCCGUUGGGUUGAGGUCUGGACUUUGACUGGGCCAUUGCAACCCCUUGCUUCUUUUCUGUUGUAAAUUUGCUGGUGUGCUUGGGAUCCUUGACCUGUGGCAUGACCCAGUUUCGGCCAAGCCUCAGCUUUCGGGCAGAUGGCCUCACAUUAGAAUACUUUGGUGUACAGAGGAGUUCUUGUCGACUCAGUGACUGCAAGGUUCCCAGGUGCCCUGUGGCUGCAAAACAAGCCCAAAUCAUCACCACCAUGCUUGACAGUUGGCAUAGGUUUGGUUUUUGCCAAAUGUGGUGCUGUGCAUUAUGGCCAAACAUCUCCACUUUGGUCUCAUCUGUCCAAAGAACAUUGCUCCAGAAGUCUUGUGUUUUGUUCAGAUGCAACUUUGCAAACCAAAGCCGUGCUGCCAUGUUCUUUUUCAGAGAGAUGAGGCUUUCUCCUGGAAACCCUUCCAAACAAACCAUACUUGUUUUGUCUUUUUCUAAUUGUACUGUCAUGAAACUUAACAUUUAAUAUGCUAACUGAGGCCUGAGGAGCCUGAGAUGUAACUCUUGGGUUUCCUGCAAUUUAUCUGAAUGUUGCACAGUCUGACCUCGGGGUGAAUUUGCUGAGACGUCCACUCCUGAGAAGAUUGACAACUGUCUUAAAUGUUUUCCACUUUUAAAUAACACUGGUCAACAGCAAAUUUGUUGUCUGCGUUUUUUCAGUUGAUUUAGGACGAAUCUGAUGCGCUGAAUCCAAAAAUCACAUUGGUUUUGCUCAAUCAGGUCAAGUUUUUGAGCUAUGGCACAUGUAUUUUUUUACGUUUUUGUUCACAUGUACACUUGUGUGGAGCAUUUUAGAAGAAGUUGGUGGGGGUAAAAUGCCAUGUUGAAUAAUUGUUUUGAUUGGAAAUGAUUAUUUUAAUGACAAGAAGUAUUCAGGUCCGAUAGUUCUGGGUGAUUAUGUCGAAAAGGGAUCAGUUUGAAGUCAUAAAACCUCGAAAUCUUCCAUAAAUUGGUGCAGCUGGGAUCAACAGAAAGAACCGGAGCAGCCUCAAGUAUCCUGAUCUUCAAUCAGCACGUCGUCCUGUAGCUCAUUGUGAUGAAAUUCCAGUGCCUAUCUUCGGAGAACUUCCUGACAUUAGUGACAAAGAUGCCUCCAGUGUUGAAGGACAUGAAGAAGAAGAAGUGGUUCUUGAAGAUGAUGCUCCACAUCCAUUUUCCCAAAAGGAGUUGAAUGAUCUAGUUCACGACCUCAGCUUGUCAAAGGACUCUGCCGAACUGUUGGCAUCCAGAUUGAAGGGAAAAAACCUCCUCUCUGACAGUGCUCACAUCAGCUUCUUCCGCAACAGGCAUCAAGAGUACCUCCAUUUUUUCUCGGAAGAGAAGGACUUGGUGUACUGUGCAGAUAUUGCGCAGCUUCUGCUCAAGCUUGGAGUGCCACAGUACGAACCCAAAGAUUGGAGACUGUUCAUUGACAGCAGCAAGCGAUCACUGAAAUGUGUUCUGCUACACAACGGCAACCAGUUUGCCUCUAUACCCCUGGCUCCCUCGAGUACACUGAAGGAGAACUAUGAAGCAGUGAAGUAUGUGCUGGAGAAAAUUGGUUAUGAUCAGCAUAAGUGGUUUAUUUGUGUUGACCUGAAGAUGGUGAACUUUUUGUUGGGACAACAGUCUGGCUUCACCAAGUACCCAUGUUUUCUGUGCAUGUGGGAUAGUAGGGACCGUGCUCAGCAUUACACGAAGACGGACUGGCCUGUGCGGGAGGAAUUGGUGCCUUGCAAAAAAAGGAACGUCAUCAACGACCCUCUGGUGGACAGAGACAGAAUAGUCUUCCCACCGCUGCACAUCAGGCUCGGUUUAUCAAGCAGUUCACCAAGGCUCUGGACAAGGAUGGUGACUGCUUCACUUACUUGUGCCAGGCUUUUCCAGGAUUGACCGUGGAGAAGUUGAAAGCUGGCAUCUUUGACGGUCCUCAGAUCCGUCAGCUCAUCAGAGAUCCAGAGUUCGGAAACUCAAUGAACGAAGUGGAACUGGAAGCGUGGAAGGCAUUUGUUCUGGUAGUGAAGAACUUUCUUAGCAACAAUAAGGCCAGACACUACGCAGAACUUGUCAACAACAUGCUGACUGCUUUCAGAAACCUGGGCUGCAACAUGAGCGUCAAGAUGCACUAGCUAUUUUCACAUAUGGACUGGUUUCCUGAGAACCUGGAUUCAAUGAGUGACGAGCAGGGGGAGAAAUUCCAUCAGGACAUGAAAGAGAUGGAGACCAGCUAUCAGGGUCGCUGGGCCACAGUCAUGAUGGCUGACUACUGUUGGACUCUGAAGAGAGACCUCCCUGCCGCUGAGCAUUCCAGGAGUUCCAAGAAAGUUCAAGCCCUGAAGUUUGAAAAAUGGUGAAGCAACAUGCAAUUUACGUGUACUUACCUUUAUCAAUACCCCCAACCAUUCAGUUUACAGUAAACCUGACCUGAUGGAGAGAAACGGAUGCCAUUUCCUGAUUCAGCAGUGCAAAAAUACCCUAAAUCAGUUGUAGAAAUCUAGACAGCAUUCAAAAAGUAAAAAAUCGUUCCCUAGUGAAUCUUUCUCACUGAAUGAUGGACAUAAAAUUGGUUGGAGAUGGCCUUAGAACCCUUCCCAGUUUCAUGGACAGCAGCGCUUGCUUCUCUAAGAGCCUUGUGUUGUCUUUCUUCUUUGGCAUUGUGUUAAAACACAUCUGAAUGCUCCAGACCAGCAAACUGCCAAAGCUUUGGCUCUUAUAAAGGUGGGCACACUUGCUGAUGAUCAAUUAAGCAAGGGCAUUUGAUUAGCAGCCCCUGCCUGCUACUUAGCCUCUUAAUUCCUAUGGAAGCAGUAAGGGUGUACUUAGUUUUUCACACACAAUUUCUCCAUUUUGGCUUUAUUUCUGCUAAAUAAAUCAUGAGACAGUGUAAUAUGUCGUGUGUUGUUGUUCAUCUGAGGUUGUGUUACCUAAUUUUAAGACCUGCUAAGGAACAGAUGAUUGUUCUUAUGUCUUCAUAUGUAAAACCACAUAUGUAAAACCACAUAGGAGGGCAACCAAAAUGGUCAAAAUGGUCAAAGGCCUGGAAACGAUGCCUUAUGAGGAAUGGCUAAGGGAGCUGGGCAUGUUUAGCCUGGAGAAGAGGAGGUUAAGGAGUGAUAUGAUAGCCAUGUUCAAAUAUAUAAAAGGAUGUCACAUAGAGGAGAGAGAAAGGUUGUUUUCUGCUGCUCCAGAGAAGCGGACACGGAGCAAUGGAUCCAAACUACAAGAAAGAAGAUUCCACCUAAACAUUAGGAAGAACUUCCUGACAGUAAGAGCUGUUUGACAGUGGAAUUUGCUGCCAAGGAGUGUGGUGGAGUCUCCUUCUUUGGAGGUCUUUAAGCAGAGGCUUGACAACCAUAUGUCAGGAGUGCUCUGGUGGUGUUUCCUGCUUGGCAGGGGGUUGGACUCGAUGGCCCUUGUGGUCUCUUCCAACUCUAUGAUUCUAUGAUUCUAAUUCAAAGAGGGGGCACUUUCUUCUUCCUGUGACUGUAUAUAUCUAUAUCCCCUGCUUGCUGGUGCUAUGAAGUACGAAUUCUUUUAAAUCUAGUAGAUAUUUUCCCAUUUAUAAGAACACGUCCCUGACCAGCAGCAUCUCUUACUAUCGGCUGCCCUACACCAUGGUAUACAAAUAGUAACAAUCUCAACAACUUUGAAGUUGUCAUUCUUCUGAUUUCCUCCUGCUUUUUAUUCAGCCUGAAAAUAUUCACACCUAUUGCUAUGUCCCCCAAUAAUAUUGCUCAGCUGCAGGAAUUCUGACAAGACUGACGCAGAAGAUGCCCAGUGCUCAUCAGUUUCCCUCUUUUGUUUUGGUAUCGGACACCACGGGUUUCACUCUGGCACAGCUGCCGGUUUUUCACCCUUGAACUGGGAGAAUGGGGGUUGCUACCUGCUUUCAUGUGACCAGGCCGAUGUCCGCAUUUGCUCCCUAAGCCUCAUGUUUUCUAAAGAAAGAAAAGGAAGCACAACCUUUUUCUUUUGGUUAUGACCUCAGAUGGUUGGCCACUUUAAACCAGCCUCAGAGACAUUAAUAUUCUAGUUCCUCUUAGGGAAUCUGGGCUCAGUUCCCCUCCGCUCCUUUCUCCCUCGCUCUCUUUGCCUGCUUGCUUAUUCCCUUUCCACUUCCCUGUUUGUAUCCAUCUGGCUUUUCUGUUUAGACGGGGGCACCAGUCUUUUCUCCUCACCUGGCAAGUGUCUAGCCCAGGGUUGUCCUGAACAUUGCAAUGCUGAGCAGAAAAGAUGGUGUAGCUUUCUAUGUCAGCUUUGAAAGGGAGGGUGAAAAUGCAGCUCCUUUUCUGUCAGCAUCACUCAGGAAAAUUAGUAAGGAAUUGCGGAAGCCCUCCUAACACACAUCAACACAGGGGGGCGUUGAAAUUUACUCUCUUUCUCUGAACGCCCAAAUGUAGCUUUCUCCCAAAAGAAGGAGAUUGUUGCCACGCCAAGAUCCACAUGGCAUUAGGUUCCAGAGGUCCCAGGCGUGCUCAGAGUUUGUGUCCUUUUGGAAAUGAGGCCCAGCAGAGACUCUGGUGGGGUCUUUGUAAUAUAUGCCUUAUUUACACCUGAAACUGUGAUGGAGGGGUUCGCAGCAUUAACCCCCCACAGGGUCUUUUUUCUUCCAUAGCUGCAGCCUUGGAUUCAAACAGAAAUUAAACGUUGCUCUCAAACAUUGCUCUGGCUCUCUCCAACUUGCUUCUUUACUUCUAAGUCACCUCACUGCCCCAUCGCUGCUCUCAGCUGGCUUUUCUGUGGAGGGAGGGGGCACCACCCAUUUGACGAAUGUCACUGAGCCCUUUAAUCCCCCAUCACCUCACCUGGAAGCUAUAACAACAACAACAACAACAACAACAACAACAACAACAACAACAAUUUUAUUAUUUAUACCCCUCCCACCUUUUAACCCUUGCUGGAUCCCAGGGGUUAGAGGGGUCCAACAUUCCUGCCCCCAAACUCAUAGCACUAGGUUUGAGUUACAACACUGAGCCAGACCUUGGCUAUUAAUAGAUGUAUUCCUUCUGCUCUAUUAUUUUCAAUUGUUGUACUGUUAAUUAAUUAAGAAAUUAAUGAUGAAAGCAAUCAUAAUUCAGAAUUCAGCAGAUUUCAUGUAUUCAAGUAUGUCAGAUUCUGACAUGAGCAAAUGAUCUCAAAAUGUGUUUGGAGUUCUGGUUUUGUUUGUAGACAAAAGUCAGAAUUGGGUGUGUAAUUUGAAUUGAAACUCAAAAUCUGAAAUCUGGUUUUUCAACAAUAACAGAGUUUGGUGCUUUGCUAUUUGAUUUUAUUACAUGAAAUAUGAAUUGUCUCACUUUACAAUGUGUUCAACCCUGAACAGAAAUCUGAUAGAUAAACAUAAAAGGAUAAAUGUCCUUCAUUUCUAAAGCAGACAGUUCAGCAAACCAAAAGACGUGAGCCUGUGAACGGGAGUGGAUGGGAGACUGAUAGCAGCACCAUGUUUUGGCUAUUUCUCUUCCCCACUGAGGCUUGACCCUGGCUCUCACGGCGGCGGCUGCUGCUGCUGCUGGAAUGUCCUGCUUAUCAGGGUGAAGCCAGCAGCCCCAAGCAGAAGUGUCGGCUUAGUGAGGGUAACCUCCUCCAGGAAGACCCGGCUGGGUGGCAGCCUUCUCAAAGCCUGGCUUCUUUGCUUUUGUCUUUUUCCAGCUGGACCUCUACCCUGCCGUCACCUACACCCUGCCAGCAGCAUCAAGCCUCCAGUUCCACUCACUGAAGUCACUUUUCCUAGGAAAAGUAAUAGGUAAGGAUCUGUUUUUAAGAGCUUUUGUUUCUUGGUUUGCUUAUGGCUGUAGGGUUUAAUCAGAGGGUUAAGCCUAUAAAGUUAUAAGGCCCGGAUUAUGAUUAAAUGGCAUUUUUAAAAAAUCGUGGCUGCUUUGUUCUAUCAAUUUAUUGCAGACCCUUCAUUAACUUGAAGCGACUGCUCUGUUGGGAUUAUAGUGUUAUGCAGUCAAACAACUAAAAGGCAGGUGAGUGAAACAUCCAGGUGCCCAGGGCUGGAGGCUGGCAUUGGAGCAUCUGAGUCUUAGGGAUUCUGCUGUUCAUGUGCUUAUUUAUUAAUUACUAUAAUUUAAUAAAUUUGUAUACGGCCCUUCAUCCAAAGAUCACAGGGCAGUUUGCAGCACAAAGUUAAUGGGCGGAGAUCAGGAGUGGCACAGUCAAAGAGUUGCAAGCAAGUAGCUGUAACAGCAGACUUGUAUCCACAGUAAAUAUCAGGGUUUGGACACUGGCAGGGAAGAGCCCUUUGCAGUUCUGUAUCUAACUAGACAUGGCACCAUCCAGCCUCUGAAUUAGAUAGGAAAUGUAUUGUGGUUGGGUCACCGGUGCAAUGAAGUCAUCACUCCGUGCCAAGACCUGGAGGCUGAGAGUCUGCAAUUGCCAUGAAUGGAACUCCCUCACUUCACAAUAUAGUCCUGGGCCUUGUAAGAUACACUUUACGGGUGCCUGUGUGCAUUUGCUAGAGAUGCUUUGAAGUGUUGACUUGCAAGCACUGCUGACCAGCUGAUGGCCAGUGAUGGCUCUGUGGCCAACAAUCAGCUGGCCUUAGUUGCACCAGCACAGCCAAGCAACUUGGAUGCAAAGUGCUGGAGGAAGUGCUUGGAAUCCAAACCUCUUUCUGUUUAGGGGGGUCUCCUUUUCUGCAGAGACUCCCAAGACUGAUUGGGGGCUACAGCAAGUCUCUUUAAAGGUGUGCCUCAAAGCAUAUCUUCAAAGUGUCUUGCUCACUGCCAGGCAGCUUGUUUGCUUGCUUGUUUUUGUUUGUUUGUUUGAUUUACAUAACCCCCUCCACCACAAGAUCUCAGGGCAGUUCACAAGCUUCAUCAUGCUGCCAGGUGGAUGACAGGUGGGUUUACCUGUGCAGAGUGGGAGAGAUAAGAUCCAGUUCCCCCCACCCUGUUCUACACCUUGUGCAAGAACCAAGGAUGCACUCCCAGGCCCCACUGUGUCAGGCCCUACUGUACGGGAACCCAGCAGUAAUAUAGAGUGGUGUAGCAUGGCGGGGACUGGGGGGGGGGUCCUAUGCCCCUGGCAAGAGAGGGGGGGGGCAUUUCCCCAAGUCCAAUCCGUCAUCCCUUAUAGCACCCACAAGACUGGCGUUCCUUUCUUUGGGCUUGAAGGGCAUCUCUGGUUGCUUAGCAGUGCUCAGUGUUCAUGCCUGUGGGAGUCUGGGGAAAAUGCCAUUCUAGCAUGCAGCUGGCAAGGAACACUCCGCACCCUUUCUUGCCACCUCCUGUCUCCUGUUUCCUUUCUCCCUCGGCCGUGACAAGACUAUUCCUCAUAGUUCAUAGACUUUUGCUACAUUCAUCCAGUAUUCUAAGUAGGUUUGUAUGAAUCACUCUACCCAGCCACGCACACAAACACAAGCAACUCAGUUUAUUUAUGACUUAGCUUUAUAUUGUGCAUGAAAGAUUAUGUGGUUGCAAAGAUACUGAGCUGUCUCCAUAAGCUGCCAUUUUGAAAGACACUUCCAGAGGUUUAAUGAAACCUUUGGAGAAACUAGAGAGGGAGACAGCAAUCCUUGCCAUAGGCCUUCCCUGCCACCAGCAAAUUUAAUAUAUUUACAGAGAUCCCAGGGCUUUCUAAAGCCUGAACUCACAGGAACUCAGUUCCGGCACCUCUCAGGUGGGCGCCAUUGCCAUUCUAAGGGAAGAAGGGAGGUGUCCAUGGUGAGUUCCAGCACCUCUUUUUCUAGAAAAAUAGCACUGAGAAAACCCAAGUGGAUGAGAUGUUGGAAGUUGUUGACUGUAUCUUUUGUUUUUUUCCACAUUAUCUUUUUUUUUUGAGCAGCUGAAAGGGGCUCUUGGAGGUAUUUUCAGCUGUGGUGCUUGGGGAGGAAGGUUCAGUGAUAGACAAAUAGCGGGGGGGGGCCACUAGGGGGCGCAUUGGAAGAUGGCCGACAAUACCAUCUCUCCGACCCACACGGGGUAAUUAAGAGGCUGUUAUGGGAGUAGGCAGCCUCCCUUGUUGCCCCAAGGAAAUGGGGAACACUGCCCUUGCCUGCUGUGCCCAUAAAUCACCCCCUAAUUCGAAAGAAGGGGGUGAGGACCCUAGGCAGAAUGCCCCCGUGUGGACAUCGGCUCUCCUGGACGCUGUCUCUGAUCGCGCACUAGCUGCAGCAAUUUGGAAUAAUUAAUUACAAAAGAAGCAAAUGCACAUAUUUCAAGUGAAGGGGAGUGAAGUCUGCUAGUUUAAGUGACCUCUGCGAAAGAAGACGACGGGUUGGAGAAACAGGAAUAUUUUACGAUGAAGAUACACCAAAGGCUGGGUAUGUUGACAACGGGACUGAAUGGGGGGGGGACCUUUUUUACUUUCCUUCUAUGUGAUUUACAAGAACCCAUCCUCAUUAGAAUCGUCGGUUGAACUGACCCAAGCAGGAUGAUUAAGGUCUGUGUGGAGAUAAACUUUAACCAGAAGUAUGCUUUAUGGAGAUCGAGAAGCAAUAAGAGCUUUUGGAAUGGCGCAGCAAUUAAUUCGGAGUCGCCAUCUUGCCAAAGGAUUUAUAAUCGGGAGGAAGAACGGACUUGUUUUCAGACUGCAUUCCUGGUGAAUCUCCUCAGAGGUUUUGAGAAAGGAGACAGAUUGGUGAAGAUUAAUGACGCUAAGACUGUUUUGAUGUAUGGAAGUGGUGUUAUAUGGAAAACGUCUGGAUAUGGCUACUGGAUAAUAAUAAAAAAUAUCCACGCAGGAUUACAAAAUGUUCUAACCAGCUUGUGGAGACUAUCAGAGGUCACAAAGAGAAAGGAAAAAUAUAUGAAAAUAACAACAAGAGAUGUGGAAAAACAAUAAGAAAGGACUGGAUAGUACUGUGAACAUCAUAAGGUUAGAUUUGUGGACAUUAAAACAGCAGUAAGAAGCAAGAAGUUGAUUGGAUCCCCUUCGGAACUUGAAAUAUGGGUACCCCCAACAAAAAUUUAAAAUUCGGCUGUGUAAUUUGGAAUUUAUGUAAUUUGGUUUGAUUUGAUGUGAUUGGUUGGUUAAUAAAAAAUUAUUCUAAAAAAAAAAGUGAUAGGCAAAUAGCUUUGAGAGGAUUUUCUUUUUUUAAAAAAAAUGAUAUUUAUUACUUUUUCACAAUUUCCAACACAGCACUACAGAGAAAAAGAAAAAAGAAAGAGAAAACAAUACAAAUAACAAAUCAAGCAAAAACAAACAAAAACAACUUAAAAACAGCUCAGACAUUUUCAAUAUCUUAUAUUUCAUUCUCUUAUUUCCAGCGACUUCCUCACACCUCCCUUUUUGUAUUCUACUUCUAUUAUUUGUUUCAGCAAUUCCUUUCCAUCUUACUCUGUUUUCUGUUCUAUAAUUAUCUUAACACAUUCUUGCCAUACUUUUCCUUUAAUUUUCUAUUAAUCUAUUUAUACUUAAUUCCUUAUGACAUUUCUACUAAAGCCAUGUAAUUUCAUUCCAACAUUUUUCUAACAAUCCUUAAUUUUACAAUAUUUCUAUAAAUAGUCUUUAAACUUUUUCCAAUCUUCUUCCACCGACUCUUCACCCUGGUCUCGGAUCUUGCCAGUCAUUUCCGCUAAUUCCCUAUAGUCCAUCAACUUCGUCUGCCAUUAUCCAACACUUCGGUGUUUUCAAGAAGCAACCAUUCUCUCAACCAGCAAAAGGCAGAUGGUUCACAACGAAGUUUAAAGGUCUGGCAGGGCAGGUCCACCUCCUUCUUUAGCAUCCAUCAAUAUCUUAAGCUUAACUCGAGGCUUCCUGCCCUGCCAAACAACUCUAGGAGCAUCCCUCUGCCACCUCCUGAGACCCUCCAUCCCAUCCAGAGCUUGCAAUGUUUGAAACAACAGCAACAUCCCCAGCAACACAGCAGCCCCCAUCCCCACCACAACGACUCGGCCCAACAGUAACAACUUCUGAUUUGUCCAUAUUUCCAAAUUCCCCUUCUCUUCAAUCCAACAUCCUUCACGGUUGUCCUUAAGCAGAUUCACAUUUUUGGCGGUCAUACUAACCCCCAAAUACCUCUCUUUCUUAACCAAUGUUAGUCCUCCAACUCAGACAGGGCCCUGGUCCCCAAACUCAUCCGCUCUUCUCUAAGUUCAAUCAUAACGAAUGUCAGCUUAUGUUCAUCAAGUUGUCUUUGUAUGGAUGGGACUCUCCUCUCCAGUUGUACCACCUUAAGUUCAGCAGCAAGGGUUUUUUCCCUGACUUCAUCUGCAGUUUGCCGUAUCAGAGUAGGUUCCUGUAUCAGUUUCUGGGUGAUUUCUGAAUUGGUAUUCACCUUUUGUCCCAACUUAUUUAAACUUUCUACAAUUAAAUCAGUCUCAAUAUUUGCAGCAUCCAAUUUCAUAUUCCUCGCAUCUGUUUUCUUAUGAAGUUGUUCCAGCGAAUCAUUUAUUUUCAAAAAUGCAGCCACUAAGGCCUCCUCUGUCGACAUCCCGACUGUUUUUUCCCUUCCGUUUGCCAUAACACUUUAGAAAUUCAAGGUCAAUUCCAAAGUCUCACACUUUUCUUAUCUUGCAGCUGGAAAUUCCCCUAGCCCAGCUCCUGUAAAGUAACCGAUUUCAAGAGCUUCCACUAGGGGAAAACAAAUUGUAUUUGUAUCAGUCAAUAUGUCCUCUUUUAAACACAGUUUCAAUAAACCGAAGUUAGUUUCAAUUUUCAGUUACUUUCCUCCUUUUUUAAAAGCAGCCGGAAACAGUAGAAACAUUGUAUUUCUCUUAUUUAGCUAGCUGUCAAUGAACGUUCUAAGCGCUGUCAAUGAACAUUCCCCCCCCCAAAAAAAACCGGGGGGAAAAAAGCGUCAGUCUUACUAGCAGCCCGUUUCCAGGGUCAGAGCGGCGGUAUUUUAAGCCUCUUCACUCUCUCCCGCAGGCACACUCAAUCCACAACCUCCCCCUCUCUUCUCCUGCCUCCAAGAGGGGGUUUAAUGUUCUUCACCGUUGGAAAUUUGAUCUUUUACAAAAGACCUUCCAGGACUCCAGCUUGCAACUUCAUUGCCUCAGUCUAUUUACACAAAGGGAAGGCGGACUUCCUGUUUUGAACCUCCCCGUUAGGAUACCAAAUUAAACUUUUAGAGAUCCAAUUCUUCCGUUUCAGCUCUACUCACGGGUAAUUACUUUAAAGUCAAAUUGUCCACAGGAAAAGGUCAGCGCUCUCCAGCAACAGCUAUGCAGCUUCGCUCCGUGAAAGAAGCAGACGAUUCGAUGCACCGCGCCGCUCACCCCACGUUGCUCCGGAGCCCCAAAAACCGGGGUUCCCCACGAGUGGGGGAGGCGCAAAAGGUGCCCGCCGAAUCCCACGUUCACAGGCUUCUCCCGCCUGUGAUUUUAACGGGUCUCCGCCUUCGGCUUUGAGAGGAUUUUCAUUAAGGAAAACUGUAUGGACCAAUUUAUGCCCCAACCCAUGACUGUUGUUUUCUUUAAAGGAAAAGGAAAGGAAAGAAGCAUGGCAAGCAUCAUAGAAUUGUCGAGUUGGAGGGGACCCCGAGGGUCAUCCAGUCCAACCCCCUGCAAUGCAGGAAUCUCAGCUAAAGCAUUCAUGACAAAUGGCUAUCCAAGCUCUGCUUUUAAACCUCCAAGGAAAGAGAGUCCACCACCUCUCGUGGGAGUCUGUUCCACUGCCAAGCAGCUCUUACUGUCAGAUAGUUUUUCCAAAUGUUUAGUUGGAAUCUCCUUUCUUGCAGCUUGAAGCCACAGGUUCGAGUCCUACCCUCCUCCAGAGCAGGUCAAGGACACCUGCAUUUGGCACACAUCUGAACCUGACCCCAUGUCCUAAGAGUGUUUGAAAUACAGAUAGAUCUCUCUAUCAUAUCUAUCUAUCACUCUAAAUGUUUUUUAAACCCACAUUGAAAUGGAUAGCCCACCCAGCCUAUCCCCCAAAAGCAGCAGUCUCCAUUUUGUCCAUUGUGAAAUGUUAUAACUAAGACUGGUAGCAUUUCUCUUGCCCACUUCCUGGGCGAAAUUUUGUUUUUUUAAAGAUGCAGAGAUACCUGAAUGCAUUCACAGAACAGGAAAAGGGCAGUGGGGGCUUUGAAUGAGUGAAUGGGGGAGACAACAAAAACCACAAAAGACUUGUGGCUGUAUUCCUUCAAGUCUCACUCACUGAGGGAGGCGAAAAGUGGAGGAAUGAAUAUCAGUCACUGACAAAACUAAAGCUGUGUGAACGCUGACCUGUCAAAUACAUACACAGAAAAUUUGGAUCUAAACAAUCUGCUUGCAAUAUAGUCCCCCAACAGUAAAUGUCUGCUUCUAAAGCCUCCUAUUGUUUGGGGAACUAGGAAGCAUAAAACAAUCUAUAUGGAGAGACAUAGAGGAAGUAAUUCAGAUAUACUUCCCCCAGAUCAGUAUGUUGACCUUUCCCCCAGUUCCACAGUCCCAAGAUUAUAUUAGCAAGCUGUUCCAUCAAGUUCCACGAAACUAGAAGGAUUGUUUGAGGAUUUUGUGAUCAAGAGAUCAAGCUACCACAUUCCUUAAUACAUCUGUGUGAUUGACACUUAUUCCUUCGGAUGUGCAAAUUUAAUUUCUCUCACUCACUCUUUCCUACACACACACACACACACACACACACACCUUUUAAAUCAUUUCAUUGGAAAUGGACUGUUGUAAACACAACGUCCUAGUUUGCAUGCAAUUCUAAGCCAAACCACAGCUUGGCACAAAUGAGCACAUGUGCUUGUUCCAGGAGGGACAAUCCUCUGAUCCUGCUGCUUCUACACUGCUGUGAGCUAAGCUAUGGUUUGUUAUAGCAUUACGCUCACGGCUUACCCUGCCCCUGACAUCCCAUGAGCAGUAAGCCAUAAACCAUGGCUGCAUGCGAGAUAGCAGCAGAAUUAUUGGCCCCCAGCAAAAGAUGUGAUUGGUCACAGAAUGCAUCAGUGCUGUGGAUACAGCAGCCUGCCUCCUCUGUGGGACGUUUUCUUAACUAAAUAAGUAUAUGUGGGGCAGUACAGUAUAGUGGUGAGAAUAUCAGCCUAGGUCAUGGGAGACCAGGCUUCAAAUCCCCGCUCGGCCAUGAAGCCCCCCCCCCCCCCGGACCUUGGACCGGUCACCAUCCUUUGAACUAACCUACACAGAGGGUUAUUGUGAAAAUAAAAGUUGAAAGGCAGGUUCUGUGUUUCUUGGAGGAAAGGUAGAAUAUUAAUGUAAUAACCGACUACAACUGAACUGUUCACUUUUUAAUAAUAUACAGGCUGGCAUCCUAGGCACACCUACUUUGGAGUAAGUCCCUCUGAGUCCCAGGAGACAUGCAUAGGAAUAGGAUCCACACUUACAGGGAAGCUCUUUUCACUCCUGCUGUGUUAAGAUUUAGGCAGAGGUUUGUCCAGCACAGUGUGGAUUGCUCUGCGUAUUUCUUGUAUUGUUGUAUUACCAUGGUAUUGUUUGUGUGCCCAUCGCCACUGGAAAGAAUUGGUCCUAGCUAUUUUAAAUUUAUAUAUUGAUUAUGUUGUAAGCCAGAUCUGAUUUUCUGUUUCUAAAUUCUGAUGGAUUCUGAUGAUGCUGCCAUUUUUUGCCAAGGGAAAUACAGGGCUGGCAUUUUGUUGAGAGGCAUAGAAAGCUGUGCAGGAUAUCUUCUGUAUUCCCAGUGUCUGUUGGAAUAUUAGAAUUCCUGCUCUCUGCACUAAACACAGACAGUUUUGUUGGCCAAACUAUCGUUUUGUUGUCAUUUCUGCAGAGUUGCUUGUGGGAGCACCAUUUAACAUGUUAAAGAGGUCUCAUUUUCAGUGGCGUAGCGUGGGUUGUCAGCACCCGGGGCAAGGCAAGUAAUUUGCGCCCCCUAACCCGUGGAUUUGCGCCCCCUAACCCUACCCCCCAGAUGUUGCGCCCGGUGUAGCCGGCCCCCCCUGCACCCCCCACGCUACGCCACUGCUCAUUUUCCUUUCCAGUGGCAGAGAAAAGAGGACUGUUUGAAGUGGCAGAGGAGGCAUUGUUGCAGGAUACUUUAACAAAGCCCUUCCUUGAGAAGGAAGCUGAGCCAUGCAGUGAAAAACAGGCAGGUGGACAUGACACAAUCAGACCCUUCAACUACAGCUCAUAAUCUGUGAUGCCUUUCUACCUGUGCUGCUUUGCCAAAGUGCAACAAAUGUCCUUUCUUUCGCCUGGGUCUGCAAUUUUCCUGGGAAUGUUUGUCUUUCUCCUUUUUGUCCAUUAAGAAGCUCUCAGAAUCACUGCCUUCCCCAGCUGUCUUUAUGUGGUUUAGCCCGAUCCCUUGCUUUUUCUUCUUCAUUAGUUUGUAAACACUUUUUCUGUUGCAAAGAGCCACGGAAACAUGGGGCUGUGGUAAGAAGGCACAAAUGAAAGAAGGGGCUAAAAAAAACCUUGCUGUACUCGAGGCAAGGGGGGCCCUGCGUGUUUUGUUUGUGGGGAGGGCACAGGGAGGAAGAGAGCGUCUAAGGAUUCUGCCCCCAAAACAGGGUAGCUAAAGAAAGUGGAACCCAAGUAGGCAGAAAACUCUACGUAGUGGAGACUAAAAACUAGAAGGAUCAUAUUGAUUUGAACUCCUCAGCCAGUUCUUUGAAGGUAGACUUUUAGUAUUUUUCAAACCAUUAUGUAAAUCACGUCACUACUGACAUGGUUCAGCUAAGAGCCUUCCCUCCCCAUUCAGUUCCUGCUCACUGUCAAAGAGUUCUUACUUCUUUUGAAAAAGCCUUUGUAGGCAUCACCGUUUUUUUGCUUCUGCUGAACAGAUUAUGGUGGGAGGAUGCAAGACAAAAGAGUCUGUGGCUGAUAAGGGCCGGAGACAAAAAUUGCAUGGGCUGUGCAAAACUGCCGCUUCCUUGCAUGCCUCCAGUAUACUGCCUUUCCACUUGAACCACGACACACCCAAGGAAUUCAGAGAGAGAAAUCACAAACUAAACAACUCUGUGUGUAGGUUUACGAUUCAUGAAACAGAGACUGAAAUCCAAAUAUCUCAUUGUCGGAGUUCUGUUGAGACUGCAGCAGCGCAAGUCUGCACAUAGUUUCCCUCAUGGACUUUUUCAGAAAUAUUUGGAUUGCUUGGCUUUGAGAUACUGAGUUGCUCAAGUCAUUAUUAUCUUGGCAUUGUAUACAUUAUUUAAGAUUAAAUGAAUUAGAAGUUGUUGAAAUGCUGUACGUUGUUGUAAAUGAGUUUUUGUAAACCUACACACUGAGUUGCUUAGUUUGUGAUUUUCCACGUGAACUAUCAUGUAUGGUGCCAGUCACGAUCAGUCCUGCUUUUCAACGUUUCCAUGAUGCAUUACAAAUAGAAGCUCAAGGUUUUCUUUAGCUCCAUUCUGCUUCCCCACCGAAAGGCCUCCUCUUGUACAGGGUGAGUGUAUCUGUAUCCGCGGGGCCUUUUUUAAAGGACUCACCCUGUAAUUCCCUGAAAAUAAAUUCAAGGGCACUGAGCACAGCAGCAGAACCAUCAAUAUGGAAUGAAGAGAUUUUACCUUCCCACAAUUUACAUGCAUAUUCGGUGCAAACUAAUUAAAGGGUAAAGAUCAAAACUUGAAAAAGUGUUCAUUUCCAUAGAGUAUGCAGCAAGAAUAUCCUGAUUUUUAAAGGAACAAUGCACUUAUGCAGGUGAGCAGUUUAACUUAACUGUAUCUCCGUGUGCAUUUGUAGCUGGAUUCAGGACUGAAACAGCCUUGGUCACCCUGAUGGAGGACCUUCAUUGGGAGAGUGACGCUGGAGUGUGACCAUGAUGCUCCUACUCGAUCUCUCAUCAUCUUUGGAUACCCUGGACCAUCUGUGGGAGAUGGGGAUCAGGGGCAGUGUUCUGCAGGACUUCCAAUAGUAGCUCCCUGGACGAUUCCAGAGGAUAUCAUUUGGCAAAUGUUUCUCAGCCCCAUAGUGCAGGGCACUAGAUUGUCUCCAGUGCUACUGAACAUCUAUAUGAAGCCACUGAGAGUGAUCAUUAGGAUAUCUGGAGUGAGGUGCCAUCAAUAUGCUGAUCUCUGUAACAUUUUAUUCAAAGUGGUUGUACAGGUCCUGGACCAGUCUGAUAAACCAAGUGAAUCAUGGAAAGACAAAAGCUCUGGGUGUGAGCAGAUUCUGGACUGGAAGACCAGUCAGUUCUCUGCAGGGAGUUGCACUGAAGGAGCAGAGGUGCAGUCAAGGAGUACUCCUGGAUCUAGCUCUGUCGCUGGAGGGCGGCACAGGGGUUCUCAGUCAUGCCAUUUACCCACUUUGGCUGGUAAGGCAACUAUAGUCAUUUGUGGAUCAGGGUAGCUUGACCACAGUUGUCUCUGUAGGAGCAACCUCAGGGUUGUACUACUGCAAUGCACUGUAUGCAGAGCUACCCUUGGGCUUGGUGGAGAGGCUACAGCUAAUGCAGAAUGGAGUAGCUAGGCUGCUUGUAGGGGAAACUGCUGCCAGGAUACUACCGUCUGUGGGAUCUGAACUUGCCAACAAUUGAUUACUGCACCAGGUUCAAGCUUUUUUGUAUGGUGGAGCCACAGAAUAUGCACAUUAACUUACACGGAUUCAACUAUAUGCACUCAGUAAAAAAAAAAAAAGGGGUGGGUGACCAGCAAAAAAACCCAACAACCCCAAGACAGAUGAUCCCACUUACUAUUUCACACAGCCAGAGACCUAGGAGUGAGUGUGAAUCCCUCGCUGGGUGCAAUUUGUGUUCCUUCACACAACAUGGCCCCUAAGUGCAAGCCACUUACCUGUGCGUCCUCUGAUGCUGGGUCAAAGAGACAGCGAUUCACAUCAGGGAGAGGGAUCUCUGGAGCUUUCAAGGACCCGCUGUGAUCAACCAUCUGCACAUUUUGAGGAUAAAGUCUCGUACUUCAGAGUGACUUUGAUUCUGCUGUUUUUGUAGUUCUAACUGAAGUACCCAGUGCCAAAAUCUGGGAUGUGUCAUGGGAUCAUUGUCAAUUUACACAGCCUGAUGUGGACAAGGUACUUGUGGCUAUUUGCCCAACUGCAUGUCCUCUUGAGCCACAUCACUUGGUUCACGAAAUCUAGCAGAGGGGGUUGUUGGUUGGGUCCACAGCACUGUUAAUGAUUCAUUGCACGAGGGACUGGCCCCUCUCACCUUGAAAGAGACAGUGGGACAGCCACUCCUAAAGAAACUGGCCCCGGACCCUUCGGUUAGGUCAGUCAGUCAGAUUUAUUUGUUAGAAACCGUUGGUCAUCACAAGAAUACAAACAGUAUAGAAGUAUACUUUACCACAGGUGGUCCCAGCCCACAAGACCCCAUGUUGUACAAUGAAAUUCUCCCUGAUCCUUUGAGCUGCUAAGGUGAAUGCAUAAGCCUUAUCUGUACAGUGGUACCUCGGGUUAAGAACUUAAUUCGUUCUGGAGGUCUGUUCUUAACCUGAAACUGUUCUUAACCUGAAGCACCACUUUAGCUAAUGGGGCCUCCUGCUGCCGCUGCGCGAUUUCUGUUCUCAUCCUGAAGCAAGGUCUCAUCCUUAACCCGAGGUAAUAUUUCUGGGUUAGCGGAGUCUGUAACCUGAAGCGUAUGUAACCUGAAGCAUAUGUAACCUGAGGUACCGCUGUAUUGUAUUUAUUGCCAUCCAUCAACAAACAGAUUUUCUCCCCAUUAUUCAAAAAGGAAGCUCUCUGGAGAAACUACUUUGAUAAAUCUGUCUAAAGGGGAGGGAGUAUGAGAGUUGAACUAACUACCAGGUGGUUGUAAAUACCAGAGAGGGUUGUGCUGGGACCAAUGCAGGCAUUCUGGAAUGACACAGAUUAUCUAGACCCAUGGGACUAAACCAGCCUUGGCAACCUUUCACCAAAGGUAGUAGGAGGCUACAGGGCUUUGGAACCUACCUUAUGUGACCAUGUCCAGGGAGUACCUAGGGGGAGGCUGCCACAAGGCCCCAUUUUAUCCCCAGUACUAUUCAAUAUCUAUAUGAAGCUGCUGAGAGCAAGAGCUUUGGGUGAAGUGCCAUCUUGAGCCUUGAUGACACAGGUGUAUUUUCCACAGCAGCUGAAUCAGGGGAGGCCUGGACGCAGGGAUAGGCUGGAUGAGGGGAAACAAGCCGAGCCUGGAUCCCAGCCAGACAAAGGUGCUGUGGGUGCCUGGUUCCCACCACGUUGAAGAAAUGGCCCAUUGUUGCCCUGGAUGAGGCCACUUUCCUGCCAAAGGAGCAGAUUCACAGUCUGUGGUGCUUCUGGAUCCAGCAUUGUCCCUGGAGGCCCAAGGAGGCCCAAGGAUGGCUGCAAGCAUAUUUUGCCACUUUCAGCUGGUAGGACAGCUGCGGCCAUUCCUGGACCAGGGUAGCUUGACCAUGGUAGUCCAGGCACUGCUGUGACCUCUGUAUGGGGCUUUCUUUGCAGUUAGUGAAGAUUCCUGCAGCAUGGUUGCUGGCAGAAGUGAGACCAUGUCGGCGUAUUACACCUCUUCUCAGAGAUUUGCACUGGCUGCCAAGUUGUCACCUGGCCAGAUUUAGAGUGCUCCCAUUAGUGUAUAAAGCCCUUAACAGAUUGGGACCAGUCUACCUUGGGAAUUGUCUUGCCCCACAUAUGCCUAGUCAAUUGCUUCAGUCUGCAGAACUGGCACUUUUACAGGGGCCACACAAUGGCUGUUCUGUGCUUGCAAGGAAUAAAUCCUGCAAAAUAUUCUGAACUUUAAGCUAGGAGGGGAGCUUGUUGGAAGCAGACCCACAUGCCUUUUCUGGAAAUGCCCUGCAAAAUACUUUGGAAUUGCAUGUGGCUCAAAUCAGCCUGCUCUGCUCCAUCCAGCAGCAGCAGCAGCAGUUUUUCAUAGAAUUGCAGAGUUGGAAGGGACCCCAAGGUCAUCUGUCUUUUAAUGAAUGAAUGCAGGGAAAUGGUUAAUACAGACUUUGUUGCAACACCUACACAAGCCACCCAUCGUUUCCCCUCCCAACUCAAGUCAUAAAUGCAGAAAGAUUAAGUAAAAACUAGAUAUUUAUUAUAGAAAGAAACUCCCACUGCUUCUGUGCUAUUUCUCUCUAGCAAGGUCAAAAAACGAAUACAGUACUAGCCCAAAUAUCAAAAGAUCCUCAAAGUAGAAGACACAUCCUGUUGCUUCUCCUGUUACCAGAACAUGCUACAAGCUUUUAGAAGAUCUGGCCUUCAAGGAAACAACUCGGGGCAUGCUCAGAACGGAUGUCUUAUUCAGAUAGGCUACCCUCUGGCGCAGCAGUGCUCCUCAAGCAGCUGAAUUGCCCUCCUAAGGACAGAGGGAGUGGGAAUCUGCCCAGCAGGGUCUGGAAAGCUGGCUGUCCGAAUAUUCAAAUGUCUGCCACAUGUUUUUCUACCUAGAGAAAAAUGGGAAGGAGCUGUUUGCCAUAGCCCUACUUUUUGAUUAGGAUUGGUGGCAUGUUGCAGGAAAUGGAUUGGCUGAGAAGAGAUUUACUGAAAUGUCUCCAGGAGCAUCACUCAGUUUAAAUGGAAGUAUAAAAAAUGUGUGGGACAGAAAAGAGUGUGUUACUCUGAGAUGAUGAUGACUGGCAGGGUAGGGUGUUAAAAAUAGCCCUCAUUUGGAGGGCUGUGACCCAGUAGUCCCAGUGGAACAGGGGUUCCACUACUCCAUGGGUUUGUAGCCAGAGUUAAUUCAGCCUUGAAGGCGGGGGUCUCGGGUCACUGUUUAUUCAUAUUUUAACCUAUUUGCAAUAUAUUGAUUUAAACCCCAAUGCAUGCCGCAAGUCUUCAAGAUGAGGUGAGGUAGAAAGGGCAGCUAAAUUAUUGUUAAAGACAAAGGACUCUAUAUUUUCUGUAUCAGCCAAUAAAGGCAGAACCUCAGGAAGGUCUGAAAGAGUUUGGUGAUGCAGCAUGAAAUCUUGCUUUGAGAAUCAAGUCCAGCUCCCUUCAGGUGCUGGGAAAUGGAGGUCCCUAAAGCCACAACGUUUGUUGCUCAGACAGAGCCAUCAAUAUCAAUCAGAACAGUUGCCAGCAAGGAGCUUUUUAUUAUGCCUAGGGAGAAGAGGAGAAAAACUUAUUAAUAUGCCAGGAGGGUAAUAAAAAUAAUAAGCAUCAACAUUUCCCCCUUCAAGCUUAUCUUUGGCAGCACUUGUCUCAAACAUCUCAUGGCACAGGGUGCCAUUUACCAUUUGCAUGCAGAAACACGUCACAAAAGUUCUGGAGGGCUUAUUAAGCCCUGUGUUUGUUAAUGGCAAGGAAGAGAAAGAUUAGCAUCGUAAACCACUGAUUUGCCCAGUUCACAUUUAGAAACAACCUGGUCACUCUCCUAUGUGCCCUGGAAGCCACAAUUGGUCCCAGACUCAGCACCCAAGAUUUUAAGAGGCGCUCACUUUCUCUGUAGUGGUGCCUCUCUUGGAGUCAGACUAAACUACACAUGACAUGCGUCACCUGGCUUUCCCUUGAGGGUAGGAUAUACUCAGUGUGGGGGGAGCCACGUUGGGACAAAUUGUUGUUUUUGAAACAGGGUGGUAUAUCUGGGCACACCUUGCAUACACCUAGCAAUGCUACCCACAGGGCCAUCUUUACCUGGGGGUGCAAGGGGUGUGGUACACCUAGGCACCGAAUUCUGGUGGGCACCAAAUGUAUUGGCGGCAGUGAAAAGCAAUAGAGGAAAAGACCUUGCCCCCCUCCUCUGUCGCUCUGUUACUCUGUAGCGUCAAAUAUUUCUGAUGAGUCAGGAAGCAAAAGCAGCUAUCUCUGCUGCGUCGUUGUUACAGGCGAUUUUCCUCCCCCCAAAAAAGCUCAACAACUUUGAGUUGGUCCCCCCUAAAAAAAUGGGGGCGGCUAAACUAAAUUUGGGGGCAUUGGGUGGCUCUUUGUACCCUGGUGGCGCAUAUGCUAAAGAUGGCCCUGGCUACCCAUGAGAUUAUGGCUCUGGCAAACACAAAGCUCAGAUGGUACCCAAUACAGUGGUACCUCGGGUUAAGAACUUAAUUCGUUCCAGAGGUCCGUUCUUAACCGGAAACUGUUCUUAACCUGAAGCACCACUUUAGCUAAUGGGGCCUCCUGCUUCCACCGUGCGAUUUCUGUUCUCAUCCUGAAGCAAAGUUCUUAACCCGAGGUACUAUUUCUGGGUUAGCGGAGUCUGUAACCUGAAGCGUCUGAGGUACCUGAGGUACCACUGUAUUUCCUUCUGCACCAGCCCCUCUCCACAAUUUGGGAAUCAAGACAUUACAUGUUUACAUACAUUAGUAACUAAAAACUUGAUAAUAAAUUUUCAUAAACAUGGAAGUAUUUGUUGUCGAGGGAGAUGUUUUUUUUAAGGACUGGGGUGGUGAGCAUUUCAGCUUCGACUACCUUGAAGGUUCAUGAAAGUUCAUGCUACAAUAAAUUGUGUCCUGAGAAAUCUUAACCAUUAUGUUGUUUUUGCUGCAGCAGAGGAACAUGGCUUCGUCUCUGGAUUUCCAUUCUGAUUACUCCUUUGUUCUCUUCUGCACUUAAUGCAUUUCUUCAGAAAGCAGUAAAGCAUCCAACCAAAGCGAAAUAAAGGGCUCAGAGCGGCAGGAAGCAAAUCUAUCAUGCCAAGACGUAGCAUUUCUCUUCUUACCAAGAGACUCUCAGAAACUCCAAAUCAACAGAAGUAGCCAAUUAUUGCUAAAUUAAAUUCACAUUUUAUGUUCACUGCAUGCCAAUUAUGCUACCGAUAAAACAUUGAUAAAAGCAUUGAGGCAGCCCUCCAAGUGGUAUAGAAAUCGGGGGGGGGGGCUAUUUUCCAGCCUUUUCUUCCAUUCACACAGAUACUUGGAGAUCUGCAUUUAAAGACUUUUGCAAACUUCUCCGAAAAAGGCUUGUCCAUAUUUCUAUUUUACUGCCAGGAUCCUUGUUCCAGCGAAUGCACCUCUGUGCAGGAUGCUGUGUUCCACAUCUACUGCCAGAGGAGCCUGCCUCCGUAUUCCAGUUGCUUCUUGGGAACUGCAAGGGAGGAGAAGGCUCUUGUCCUCAGGUCCUGCUGUCUGACUUGCCAGAGGCUUCUGGGUGGCCAAUGUGGAAAGCGGAGGCUGCCUCAGAUGCGCCUUUGACCUGACCCAGCAGGGCUCUCCACGUGUUCUUAUGCAAGCUCCUAGAGCUCAGAGGAAGCUGUGUGUUGUUCUCCUUGUGUGCUGCUUGCGUGUAUCUAGGUCAGUUAGAACACAACCCCACACUUGUUGCAUCCUGUGAUGCCGCUGCGUCUGCAACCCUCAUUAAAAACAGCAGGCCGACCCUGUCUGAAUCUACUCUGUGUAAUUGACUUUUAGCAAUGUGUGAAACUUUGAUUUCCUGAAGGAAAAUCAUGGACUUUCUCAGGGCAAUUUCAAUUCUUUUUCUACCGAAGUGUUUUCUCCCCUGCCCCUGAAAUGGUUAUAGGUCUCCUGCAGCCGUUAAUUCUACCUUUAAAUUAAUUUUGUAAUUCAGCAAACUCUUAUUUCAGGAAAUACGUAAACUUGAUAAAGAGCUACAACAGAAAUAUUUUGGACAAGUGAAAAAAGAGUGAGUGUGCAGCUGCAAGCAACCAGCUUAGUAUUUUCAAAUAGUUUGUAUGUAGACCAUGAUUAUUUUUGGAAGUUUGGUCCUCGAGUGCUUCUUGGAACCCUGUUGGCAUUUCAAAAUAAAACUAACAGUACAACAAAGCAAAAUGCUUAUUCUCAAAGAUACAUUUAUACUCUGCGAUAAGGUAUCCCCAUGUAUCUAUUAGGAGAUGAGGAUGAGGAUGAUGGUGAUGAUUUUAUUAUUUGUAUGCCGCCCAUCUGACUGGGUUGCCCCAGCCGUUCUGGGCGGCUCCCAACAAAAUAUUAAAAACACAGUAAAACACCAGUGAUUAAAAACUUCCCUAAACGGGGCUGCCUUCAGGUGCCUUCUAAAAGUCAAAAAGUUGCUGGUUGCUUUGUUGUUAAUAGCAGCCUUAACUAAAUAUCAAAAUUGGCAGUUUAUAUUAGAUAAAAGGGCUGUUGUUUUUGUUCAUAUUCUAAAUCUUAUGACAUUAAGGAAUAAUAAUUCUGUUUUGAGAUCUGUUUGUAAUUAGGUAGCUGAGGAAAUAGAAGUGGGGACCAGUUAAUGGAUCAUUAGGGGUGGUAAAUAAGGAUAUUGAUUGAUUAUGUGUGACUGACAUCUAGUAAUUUGCAGAGCAGCAGGUUCAGCAGGUGGCCCAGCGUGUGGGAGAGAGCAGCAGUUAUUGUCAUACUCUUACCUUUCGGUUGUUGAAAUUUCAUUUAGUUUGUGUGAGCCUAUACAUGGUAAUUUAUUAUAUCUGUAUCCUGACUUUCAUUCAAGGGGGAUCUCCCAGUAAGAGCCAGGCCUUGAGCAACGCUGCUUUGCUCUGGCAGGUGCCUAUAGCAUCCUAUGCCUUCAGGGCUCAUUCAAGGUCAUUGUUUUGCUUCUGCAUAUCAAGAUUAUAUCAUGAUUGCUCACAUUUUGAAUUAGCAACUUCAAUUUUUGUGCAAACUUUUAUAUGCAAGGCCCCAGUGUGACUGAAGGUAAAUAACCCCUUUAACAAAUCAGAAAGAAACAGAUAAAUAAUUAAAAUAAUGCACUAAUAAAAGUAUACCAGAACAAAUAUAAAGGUUGUCAACCUUUAUAGAGUUAUCCGUCAAGGAUAAUGAUGCUGAAUAUUUAUUCAUAUUUCCACAAAAUGCUUCUAUUUACCAGUAGUCUCUUGAAUUUUUAUCACAACUUUUUCCCAUAUUUGAGUAUAGUCACUUGGCUUAUUUCUCUCACACAACAUAAUUUAAUAAAUUGAUGACAAUAACUUUUAUGGUUUAUUCUUUCAAAUAGGUUUUUAAAAAAUCUUAAUCCAUGCCUUUGACUUCUGAGCUAAUUAUUUUAAAAAUAUCUAUUUAAAAGUAUUUAAAUAAGUCAAAUCUUGCUCCCUUCAGCUUUUCCCUCUUCUAGGCAAGAGAUUUGUCAGGUUUAUGCUCAAUCCGAACAAAAUAACAUAAUUCUAAUAUAAUCUCUUAACUGUUCUUCUUGCCUCAUUAUCAUAUUCUUAAUCUGAUUUAGGAUUUUAACUUCUGAUAUUUUAAAGUACAGUUGCAGUUUUUUCUUGAUUUUCUUGUUUUCUUUGAGAAUUUUGUUUUGUUUUUUACAAUCAAACAGCAUAUAAUUUUUAUGAAAUAAAUAAAUAUUGUUUAACAGCAGGUCCCAUUCAACAGGAUUUUAUUGUGAGUAAAGUUGCUUAGGAGUGUGGUCUUAAAUAGGAAGAUAAGAAACUAAUGGAGCAGAAUUCAUUAAUUUAAAGAGUGUCCAGUUUACAACCUAAGGUUACAUUUUCACUAAAUGUGCCUGCUGGUUUGCAUUAGUUAGUGAUAUUGAAAGGUCUGUAUUAUUGUCAGCAAGCUAUUGAAAAUGUGUUUCCAUUGCAUACUGCAAUUAAAUAUGAUCCAAUUGUCCCUAUCUUCAAAGUUCCAUCCCUAUUUUUUGCAACCUCUCCUUCAUAAACCCCUAUACUAGCUUUUGAGGAGAUUUGGAAGGUGGUUUUUGAAAAUAGUGACAAAUCGUUCCUGUUAAAAAAUUGUAGAGACUAAGUUGUGUGUGCUCCAAUUGUGUGCAGUGCUAAAAUACAAGGUUUUAUGGGACCACAAAGUGUUGGGUUUUUUUCAUUUAAAAAAAGCAGAAGAUCUCUGUCAUACUAAAUGUUCCCAGUUGAGAGGGAUGUUGGUACAUUUAGUUUCUGGUUUAAACUCAGUUGUAUGCUGGAUUAUCUUCCAAGGUUCAGUAUGCACAAACAUUCUCAAUUAAUUUUUACUAGAUGAAAUACUUAGUAAACAAAAAUGCUCAAUUCAUGGUGGUUGGUUGGUUGCUUUUAAAGCAUCUGCAAACUGCUAACAAGGUGUCAGGGAUAAUUUUAUGUUAAAAGAAGAGUUCUCUUUGGCCACUAUUAACUCAGCACUCUAGUGUGCAUCCUAUGGGCUGUGGAAAAUAAUCUUUUGGAUAUGAGGCCAAACUUAGCCUUGUUCAGAUUUUAACAAUAUGCCCUCAGUACUUCAAAAUGUCUUUUACUUAAAAAUUCAAAAAUUUGAAUUUGUGCAGAGGAGAUAGCUGAAGACAUUCCACAUUAUCUGAAAUAAUACAGUAAUAUAUAUCAUGUAUAGAACAGAUUCCUUCUUCAACUUUCAGACACUGAGAAUAUCAGUCACAUUAUCAGAAAAAAAUAAUUAUGUUCUUACUAUUAUCCAAUGAACUGUAUUAAACACCAAUGAAAGCUAACCUUCAAGCAUGUGAACCACAUUUCCAUGUUGAGAAACACUUCAUUUUUGUUGCUUCAUGUUAACAAGAGCCAACAUGUGAAAUAUGAUUGUGUUUCAUUGUUCCUUUUUUAAACAGCAGCCAUAGGAAAGCAGUAAGGAUUGGGACCAUUGUAUGUAGGAAUGUUUUAUGCUGCAGGCCUAAUGAAAAUCCCCUCCAGCCCCACGGAGCUUAUGGGGCUUUUCUCCUGCUGCAGGCAGUAUCCCUCUGGGGAGCAACUGUUGUCAGGCCAAAGCAAAUGUGGAAGUGUUAACCCCCCCCUUCCUUAUUAACCAUGGUUCUGAGCCCCCCACAGCUGCCACUUAAGUAAAUAAGAGACAUAUGUGAGAAAUGCGAUGGCCAUUUCAGCUCCCAUUUAGCUGGACUAUCUAUCCUCUGAGCGUCUACUAUACAUACUCUGAAGGUUGGCUAUCAACAAAUUCCAGCAUAACUCUCUUUUAUGCAGUAUGGCCUCUUGGCUGCUUUGUUUUAUUGAUCAGGGUUACCUGUGAUUUUGUUUUGCUAACAAAACUAACUAAUAAACAUAUUGCAUAAGUUAUAGCCCUGGCUUUAACUUUUUUCAAAAGUGUAAAAAGAAGUCAUGAGAGUGGCUACAGUUGCCAUUCCUUGGGUUUGUCCCCUCUCCUCCGCCCCAUGUUAUGGCUCGGAGAGAGGGGGUGAAUCCUGUCCCGCGGGCGCAAGUAUGAAGCUGCAAACACCUAAGGAAGCGCAUGAUGCGCAGCGCAGCCGAGGCUUCUUUGGAAAGGCUGGAAAGACACCCGAGAACAAUGUUGUGCUGGUACAUCCUUAGCCAACAGGAGGCACAGGCCUUUUUUGUGUUUUUCAGUCCAUGUUGGGGGACACUGUUCUAGGAAAAAUGACAACUGCAAACAGAAGAGCUUUUAGCAAUAUCAAGUGCUGGACCCACAGGCUGCUCUUAUGCUGGGGCCAUGAGACUCCGUGUUGGCAAGUAUACAAAACCAUCCCUGAUGUUCUUUGGGGGGAGGUGGAGACUCAGGUGUGCCGCUUGGAGUUGCUGCACAGCCGUCUCCUGCGAAGGCAACACACUUUGGCUUCCUGGUCCGGAUCCAAGACCCAAAAGUUGUUGUUGUUUAGUCGUUUAGUCGUGUCCGACUCUUCGUGACCCCAUGGACCAGAGCACGCCAGGCACUCCUGUCUUCCACUGCCUCCCGCAGUUUGGUCAAACUCAUGCUGGUAGCUUCGAGAACACUGUCCCACCAUCUUGUCCUCUGUCGUCCCCUUCUCCUUGUGCCCUCCAUCUUUCCCAAGGUGGCCAAUGUCUUGGAGCCUCAGCUUCAGGAUCUGUCCUUCCAGUGAGCACUCAGGGCUGAUUUCCUUCAGAAUGGAGAGGUUUGAUCUUCUUGCAGUCCAUGGGACUCUCAAGAGUCUCCUCCAGCACCAUAAUUCAAAAGCAUCAAUUCUUUGGCGAUCAGCCUUCUUUAUGGUCCAGCUCUCACUUCCAUACAUCACUACUGGGAAAACCAUGGCUUUAACUAUGCGGACCUUUGUUGGUAAGGUGAUGUAUCUGCUUUUUAAGAUGCUGUCUCGGUUUGUCAUCGCUUUUCUCCCAAGAAGUAGGCGUCUUUUAAUUUCGUGACUGCUGUCACCAUCUGGAGUGAUCAUGGAGCCCCAAAGUAGGCAUCCCCAAAGGCAGCCCUCCAGGUGUUUGGGGACUGUCUGCAGUUCCCAUCAUCCCUGACCACUGUUAGCUAGGGAUGAUGGGAGUUGUAGUCCCAAAACGUCUGGCGAGCCGAGUUUGGGGGUGCCUGUCCAAAAGGGAUCCCGACGGGUAGCUGGGCGAGAGAGAGAGAGAGAGCGAGAUCCGCUCCACGUCUUUCUGUUUGCCUCUCCCGCCACAUUUGGCUGCUAGAGAUAGUAUCCCCCUGGUUGCGGACUCGACUCCGGGUUUUGCACGCGCUCCUCACCUGCCUUUCUCCGGGGCGGGGGGGCGGCGAUUGGCUGCAGCCCGAGAGGCAGCCGGCAUCCCCGCCGCCCACAAAAGGAGACGCGGAGGAGCCCGAGGCGGCGGCGGCGGCGGAGAGGCGAGGCGAGGCGAGGCCGGGACAGGUAACUGCCGGGGGGCCUCCGGUUUCUCAGGUGCUCGUUUUCCCGGGCGGAAAGGUCAGUCCUGGGGCUGUGGCUGGAGUUGCCUUUUUCACAGCUUCUCCCAGUGAAUCUCCAUUCCCAAAGGCUGCCUCAGUCAGUCAGCAAAAAAAAAAGGAGCCGACUGGGACAUUAGACUGAUAAAUUUGUUAUUGCAUGAGCUGCCAAAUAAUUCUGUUUUAUGUCAAUAAAUGACGCUGAUUCAUACAAGCAACAGCGGUAUCGGCGGCGUAUCUGAUCUUUCCUUAAGGUGCAUUACCUCCCGUUGAGUUUUUAAUUUUUUGGACCCCAGUCUGUGAUCCCUCAUGUUGGCAAGAAACAAAAGGAGCCCGUGGGUGCUGCUCCUCGCCAGCAAGCCUGUCGCCUUCCCCUGUUUAUUUAUUUAUUGUUUGUGUGUGUGAAGGUUCUAUAAGAACUUGACAAACACUGGCUAGUUUUGUGAUCGCAAAAUGGUGGGUUAUCCUAUUUUUAUUGGAUAUUCCGUUAGGCCUUAAAGAGGAUUUAAUGGCACAUACAAUGAAAGAUAAAGAGAAAAUAGGAAAAGCUCCUCAACUAAGAAAUGUGAAAGAAAGGAGUCAGAGCUGCCAAGAGAAUAUCUAGCUGAGAUAACAGAAAGUAAAAGUCUGGGCGUUUUUAGAUCCAGGUUUAACAAAUUACAGCCUAGCUUUUGUUGUUGUUCAUUUGCUUAGAAAACAUUGCAAACUCAGUUUAUGAAAAAACACAGAACAAAAAUAGACCCAGGUACAAAGGGAUGAAAACAGUAUUCUAAGUCACAAGCCUUUUGAAAUUGACUCAAAGUCUGUUUUGAGUAGUUGAGGACAUUUUUACUUGACGUUUCAAUUGGUUUGUAUUAUAAAUGAAAAGCAAAAUGUUUAAUUCUGUUAUGGAAUGAUUGCUGCAAGAUGUAGUGUCGCUCGGAUGGUACAAAAAUGGUUAAGCAAAUCCAUGGAAGAGAACUCUGGCAAUAGAUGUGAGCAAUGACAGGCCAAAACUGAGCCUCCCUCAUCAGAGGCAGUUUACCUCUGACUGUGAGUGCUGAGGCAAGCAAGGCAUGGGGAUGGCAUCCUUGGUGUGCUUGCAAGCUUUCUAGCGACAGCUGGUUGACCAUCUUUGAAGACAGAAGACGGGACUCGUUGGAGCCCUCUUCUGAUACUGCAUGGGUAGGUUGUCCCCUUGAGUAGCCAACACAGGCACUGUGUGUGGUUUUGCUUUAACAAGCGAUUGCGUUAUAGGGCUAUUAUCUGUCCCUAUUAUCUGCUGAGUCAUUUUGCUGCAUCUUGUUUUCCCCUCAUUUUAAUUUGGCAGGCAUCAAACAAUUUGGCAGUCUUAAUGGUUUGGGAUCUUGUGGGUUCCAUUUCCAUUCUCAAUCUUUCAAGGAACCAAAUGAAAUUACUCAAUUAAAAUGGUUGUGCUUGCCUGUCAUUGGAAAUCUUUGUUCUGCAUCACUAUUAUUAUUUAAUUUACACUUUGUUUCCAUGCCAAAAUGGCUUCUAAGCAUUUUGUAACUGUGAAAUCCACACGCUGUGGAAAUAUGCAGCAAAACAGUUACAUUUAAAACAUCCUAAUUAAAAUAUGCAAUAAAAGAAGCUAGUUAAAAACCAUAGCAAUUAAAACAGUUUAAAGCCAGGGCUUUUUUCAGCUGAAACUCCAGCAUCUCUCCAUUGGGCGCCAUUGCCAUUCUGAGAGAAUGAGGGCAGAGUUCCUGGAGAGCUCCAGCACCUCUUUUUCUAGAAAAAUAGCAGCACUUUUUAAAGUGAUUUAAACAACGAUGCCAAGAGGCCACGUUCAGGGGGAUGUUUGCAUUGCUGGCAGAAGAGAACCCCAAUACAGACGAAGCACCACCUAUUUCAAAGGCAUCACAUAUUGCCUUCAGUUUGAAAUCCAGCCUCCGUGUUGCUACAUGCUGGUAAACAUCAGGCCAUCACAAAACAAACCAGGUUCCUUUGCUGAUCUUAAUGCCCUGCCUGGGCAAGGGAGGUGAAGAGGGUUUUUCAGGACCCCAGAGUCAUUUAGAGCUUUGUCUGUCAGUGGCUGAACUUUAUAACUGGCUCUGUGCUUAACAGGCACCCAGUGCAGAUCUCUCAGCACUGCAAUGAUAUGUGCUGGAUGGAGGGUUGCCCCCCAUCCCUAGAAAACUGGGAUCACCCUUUUUUGGGAGAAAAGUGUAUCCUGUCCUGUUUUGACUUCACCUAUUUGUGCUCCUCUUCCUCAUCGUCCAAACUGCAGAGGCAGAAAGUGGGUCUGGUUGGACACGGAGAGCAAGAUCUUGAGCAGGAGGUUGUGCUGGCAGAGGCAGGGUCCAUGUGGAGGAGAGCUGUGAGUCAGAGUGACAGUUGUUAUGCACAGGGGGGGGGGGUUGGCCAGGGGGAGGAGUUUGAGGGAAGGGGCCAGGUUGGGUCAGACUCAGAGAGGGAGAGACGGGGUUUGCAUGGUCCUGGUGGAAUGCAAACUGUACAUGGUAAAUACAAUAUUUUCUUAUAGUUGUAAAUCAUAGAGUUUUUGUCGUUUUUUUCAUUGAAUAAGCCACUGUAAACCCCAUGUGCCAUUGUAAUGGAUUGCUUUGAAAUCAUUCUGCACCAUUUCUGCACCAGGUAAAUUUUAGCCCCACAAUUCCCCCCCCCAACCUGCACCAUCAUUAUUUCCAGAGCUUUAUUUACCCAUGAAGCAGGCUGUAUAUUUAGGAUUCCUGCUCUUGUAAUUUUUCAUGUGGUAACACACAUAAUGCAGUUCCAGUUGGAGUGCUCAAACUGAUUUGAAAUGUCAAGAAUCUUCUAAGUAUCAAACUGGGUGCAUUUCACCUUCAUUAUUCCCUGCUAUAUCAUUUCUCUCACCAUAAGCUUACGCCAAAUAUCACUAAGAUCAGCUGAAAAACAUGUUUGCAGGCAUUUAGCCAAGUAUCUUCCACUUUUCUAAAGACCAGCAAACCAUUAAUAGUGUAAUUGUACAGGGUGUCUCAUAAAGAUACAGGGGAACAGCUCCAGGCAAACAGAGUCUGUGUGGAGAGAGAGUAGUUUCAAAUUUGCAAGAAGAUAAGCCUUGCUGAACAUGCACAUGACACUAUAUAGUCAUACCUUGGUUCUCGAACGAAUCUGUUUUGGAAGUCCAUUCAGCUUUCGAAAACCAAGGUGCAGCUUCCAGUUGGCUGCAUGAGCUUCCUGCACUCAAUCAGAAGCUGCGUUGGACGUUCGGCUUCCAAAAAAUGUUCACAAACCGGAACACUCACUUCCAGGUUUGUGGCAUUCGGGAGCCAAAAUGUUUGAGACCAAGGUAUGACUGUAGAACUAUUUGGAUGUAUCAUUAUUUGUUUUUGUAUUUGUUUUUGGAGCAAGUUCUGUUAGUAAAGCUUUUGAAUCAUGUUUAUGGGUAUGGACAAUUUUUAUUCCAGUUGCUUAUUCAUCAGGCUGUACAAUAUUAAUAUCUGCAAAACAAAUUGCAUUGCUUUUGUGGCAAAGAUGUUAGAGCACAUAAUCAUGCACUGAAGAUAGCAAAGAAGGUCUACUUUGCUGCCUUCAUUGUAUCUUCAAGUAGUUGGGCAGCAGACCUAUUCUAAGUGGUAUGAUGCUUCCUAACAUGUUACCUGCUGAAUGGGAUGUUGCAGCUCCCAGAAGUCUACUGUGACAGCGGAUAAAAUCAUGCACCUCCGCAACAACUUUGAUGCUAUUGUUGUGACAGGUCCUGAGGAAGUGUGCAGUGUGCCGUAGACUUGCAUACCUCAGGAAAAUUCCUGACAUGUCCUUGUUUUGGGGUGUAAAAAUGGCAUCGGGGGGAAUUUUGCAGGUGUCAGGAUAUUUUUUUUAAAUAUGGCAACCCUAGUGUCCCGUCUAGUCUGGUUUCGUAAGAUCAGUUUCAGCCUCUGAGUCCUCAGGAUGUGGAUAAGGUGCUUGCAGCAGUUUAGGAGGCCACAUGCCCUCUUAAUCCUUGCAUGUCGUAAAAAAAUUGAGCUAGCUAGGGAUGGGACUGACCAGCAGGGUCCAGGGUUUGGUGAGCACAUAACUGCAUGAACAGGUGGUAGCACAACUGCUCCUUAUGGAACAACAUCACUGGUCCCAGAGAUACAUGGCAAUUAUUUCCUGGACAGAAAUGAGCGCUUCCUAAGCAAGGUGUUUCAGGUGGUAGAAGCCAGUUUAUGGUUUAGAUGCACCCGGUGUUUCUGCUGUCCCAGUGAAUGAACCACUUUUGUUCUGAGGAGCUGAAGCUCAAACAUGGAUGCUGCAUUGUUACUUUUCAGUGCCUCCAAUUUAAACUUGUCCAAUUCAGCACAAAAAUGACCGUGGUGAGGUUCCAUUUUAUUUAUUUUGCACAGUCAAGGAGAACAUGAAGCUGGAUUCCCUGUUACAGCCAAAAUGUCACAUUUGAUGUUGAUGUUGAAAUGUUAAUCCAUGUUCUGCUAGAGUGCAGGUCCAGACUACCAACUGUGUUAACAGAGACAACUUGGUGCUGGAAAAGAACAGAAACGUGUUUGAAACGCAUGAUGCUCAAGAGCUAUAUGCAGAAAUAUGGGCUGUUAAUUUUCAGGAACAAUAUAUUUGUAUAGAAUUCUUUAGUAAGCUAAAUGUGUGUGCUGACUUCUUUUUCCUUACUUUUUUCCUAGCCCUGGCCAUCCCAAUUUCAGUGCUGAGUGUGAAUCAGCCAUUCAUGGACACUUUCAGCUGGGUUUUGCCAGCUCUCUUGUCAUUACGUUGUAUUACUAAUAAUAGUUGGCAUUUAUGUUUAGAGUGUCUGAAGCACAUUCUGUGCAUCAUUUCAGUAAUCUUCACAUGCUGCCAGCAGCCUUAAUUCCUGCAUUUCUCCUUUUAAAAGCCUUCACUUUUCUGUAUUGUAUAGGUUUUCUAUAUCCAGCUCUGAACCCAAUAAUUUUUCUUCUUCUAGUCUAUCAGAAGAAACUCUUGCCAUUAAUUAUUAGUGUCAGUCUGAACUGGUAACCUUUUGCCUUGACAUGCUUUAAACAUUUGUCUUGGUUCAGCUCCAAACCUACUAGGUACCUCCAUUGGUGCAAGAUUUGGAUGAGGUCGCUGGGCCUCUUCUGCUUCCCAAAGGCAUAAAUGGCUCCAGCUGCAAAUGGGGCAGAAUGAAUUGGCAGAAAUAUCCAAUGGAGUCUGUUGGAUGAACUAUUGGAUUUCAACCUUGUGGAUGCAGCUGACAUAGAAACAUAGAAUUGUAGAGUUGGAAGAUACCCUGCGAAUCAUCUCGUCCAACCCCCUGCAGUAGAGGAAUAGGCAGCUGUGAGGAUUGAACCUGCAACCUUGGUGUUAUCAGCACCAAGUUGCUAUCCAGGCUUCAUGUCCCUUUUUGCUCUCUUAGUCCUGAACUUUAUGGGAGCAUUUCUUCCUGAAAGCUGAAUGUAUAUAUAUAUUGCUCAGUUCUAAAUGAGCAUCUGUCUAGUUUUAAUUGCAAAUGGCGGGGGGGGGGGGUAGGUGCAAAAUUGUUUUUAUUUGAAUGCCUGCCUUCCUAAUUCCAUUUUUAAUGAGAAAUCCCAUUAGCACAUUUAUCUUAAGAGGAAAAUGAGAAAAAGUGGAAUUCUAGUUGGUUUGUCCAAUUCUGUAACUGUCACCAGCACAAUCUAUCAGCCUUUGCUUUUGCAUCUUGUAAAUUAUAGCUGUUUACUGAGGCUUGGAACAAGUAAAUGAUUAGGAAGUCAUUUGCAGGUUUUAAGUGUUCUAUGGAUGAUAAAGCAUUGUAAUAAAGGCAGACACAGCAACAGCCUACUUUAAAGAUUAGAGUCCCCAUUCUUACCAUGGGCGUAACCAGGGGGUGGGGGGGGCAAUGUUCCCCCUAAACCAAAUAAAUAAAUAAAAAUACUUAACUAACUGCCCAAUUGCGAAACAAAUUCCUUCCAGUAGCACCUUAGAGACCAACUAAGUCUGUUAUUGGUAUGAGCUUUCGUGUGCAGGCACACUUCUUCAGAUACCUGAAUGCACACGAGAGCUCAUACCAAUAACAAACUUAGUUGGUCUCUAAUGUGCUACUGGAAGGAAUUUUUUUAUUUUGUUUCGACUAUGGCAGACCAACAUGACUACCUGCCUGCCCAACUGCGUCGCAGAUAACUUGGUUCUGCCCACCCCCCAAAUAAAGCCUGGCUAUGCCCAUGAUUCUUUCUUUAUAGUUUCUCAAUUUUCAAUAGGAGAAGACACACACACACACACACACACACACACACACACACACAUAUCCCCGGAGAAUGCCUUUGCUACAAACAUAGGUGAAGAAGUGCUGGAAGUGGUUUGAAGGUGUCUGUCUUGACCUAGGUUUAUAUUCCCAUUGCAGCUCAAGAGAGUUGAGGGGACUACAGUUCUAUUACGUUUCCAGCAGAUCAGGGAAAGGCCAGUCUGUUGACUUGUGCCCAUAACACCACAUUUCCUCCCCACUCAAUCCCCAGUGUUUCUUCGCAGUUCUUUUUUUUAAAAAAAAAUUAAAAACCCUGUAAAUUGCUGUUUGGGUUCGGACACAGGUUGAUUUGUCUAGUGCAGGAUAAAUGUAAGUGCUGCUUUUAAAAAAAGCAGAGCGCCUGGCUGAAGCGGGAGGGUUGGCAGGAAUGAGAGCUGUUUCAACACGUGUGUAAAGGCAGGUUGCAAAAGGGAGUUCACCGCAUGGGUGACUAUUAUUGUGACUAUUUCAGCACUCCAAGAAAACGAAAGUCCCCAGGACUGAGGGGGCCAGGUACAAGAGCUUUUAGGGACAGAUUGGUUUUCAGCCCAUGAACCUAUGCUGGCAUCAUAAGUUCAGUUUAAGAACUUCAGCCCAAGGGAAGUGAUGGGUAGAAGCAGCAGCUCAUAUGGUGUAUAUACCAUACCCUCCAACAUUCCUCAGAUGAAAAUAGGGACAUUUCUAACUCCCUCCCCCCAACUGAUCCCCCUUUUUGUCCUUCCACCACAGCACUCACCCACUUCACCAUCCUGAGAAAACCCCUUUAUCCUGAUGUUAUUUUAUUCUUUGGUGGAUUUACAAACAGAAAAGCGCACAUCAAUAAAUAAAUAUUAGAAAAGGGCAAGAUUAGAGGCAAGUGCACAAAGACUCUUUGUGCUCUGCUCUGCCUUUCUCCCCACCAGGGCAGCCCUGCCCUCCUCCGGCCCCUCGGCAGCGGCAGCCUGUCCUUCUCACCUGAUGGCCAGCAGCUGCUAGGAGCUGCCCAAGGGAGGAGGCCGCCAGCAGCCAUGGAGAGGCAAUGGGACACUCCCUCGCUGCUGCCCAGGACAAGCACCGGCUCAUCCUUCUCUCUGAGCUCAGUGGUGGCAGCAGUGGUGGGGAAAAUAGAAGCCCGAUGGCUUUCGUUAUUAUGAGACUGUCCCUGGGAAAUCAGGGCAUUUGGAGGGUAUGAUAGACUACUUACAAAGUGCCGUGUGCCUAACUUUCUGAAAGUGGAGAUUAAAAGCACGGAGCAGGAUCAUGCUGCUGGUUCCUUCUUCAGUGAACUCUGUUGAAAAGCCUUUCCUUUCCUCUGUCCUCCAGAACUUGGAAAAAUUGACCAAGAGAUCCGAAAAUACAAUACCCCGGGAUUCUCUGGCUGCCUGUCCAGAGUCCAGUUCAACCAGAUUGCCCCACUCAAGGCUGCCUUGAGAGCCACAAACAUCUCCUCUCGCAUCCACACAGAAGGAGAACUUGUGGAAUCCAACUGUGGUGCGAACCCACAAACCAUCCAACCAAUGUCUUCUGCAACGGAUCCGUGGCAUUCCGAUUCAGGUAAGUCGAGACUGGAUGAGAAAAUCCUGAAAUCGACCCCUGAAGCUGCUUCCAGAAUGUAUGGUUAGAAUAUAACUCACCAUCUGUUAUGAUGGUGAGAUUAGAAUAAUAGUGAACAUUCUCUCUCUCUCUCUCUCACUCUCUCACUCUCUCUCUCUCUCUCUCACACACACACACACACAAUUGCUUCUAAACUGAUGGCUUGAGUAUCCAUUAUAGUUUAUUCUUUCAUUGCUGCUAUAAGUUUAUGACUACUGCAUUUAUCUUAAAGACACUAACCUCCAGUGUGAAGCAGUGGCAGAUUGACCUGUGGAUUGUCUUGCAUGUAAUUGUUGUUUUACUGGUGCUUCUAAUUUUGGUAAAUGCGAUGAAAUCAAGUUCAGAAAAUUGGCAUAGAUUUUUCUUUCUUGGCGCUGAUAAUGAUAGUACUUUUUACCAGAACAAUCCUUGGAAAUGAUGAAAAGUGGAAGAUCAGUUUUCAGCCAGAUCCACUGCUAGAGUUAGGGUCAAUCUGAAUAUUACGAGGGACUCCCCCCCCCCCUGCCAACAGUCCCUUAGAGAGCUGCUGCAAGGGCAGAGAGGCACCACUGGCACAGAAGAAACCUGGAGGCUUCUUAAGGUCAGCUAAGGAAGCCCUUUGAGGAGGUUGUUGCCCCCAGGCAAGCUCAGAUCCCCACAGGGCCGUCUUAAGCAUAUCCGGUGCUGUGGUGCAUAGCUACCUCCGCUGCCCCCUGCCCCCCCCAUUUCCCAGAGAUUUUUAGUGAGGACAGCGCUGCUGGUGGGGCAGGAGGAAGCGGGCAGCGGCUGGACGCGGCACCUCCCAGCUUGGCUGGCUGCUUUGUGCCACGGUGGCCACGGCAGAUGGAGGCUCCGGGUGCGACACUGCUCUGGCGCGGUACGGCAGGCGAGAGCGGUGAGCUGAUGCCGGGAGACCCCGCGUCCAGCCUCCGCCUCUUACCUGGCGCUCUCCAGAACUUGGCGCCCUGGUGCCCUGAGCCACUAGCCUCUAUGGGUAAGGCGCCCCUGGAUCCCCACCCCAAAUUCCCUGUUAUCUCAGGGCUGAAGCCUCACAUUUCCAGAGAUAACAUCUAUUUUGACCUUAUAAAUACGGCUUCUGUGACCAUGUUCAUAUUCUGCUGCAGUUCCAAAUGGUUAUCUCAAAGCAUGAUAUUGUUUUGUAAUUGCCCCCCUUUCCCGCUGGCUCUGGUGACUUUUCAUGCCGGCGAUGGAGCGGCAGGACUCAGCCAGUCCCUCUUCCUUUCCAAAGAUGUAGGAAGGGCCAAGCAGCCUCUGUCUUCCCUUCAGAACCCCAGCUGCGUCCUGUGUUUAGGUAGAGGAGGCAAAGGAAUCAUGAGUUAAAAUAAUAAUUGGUUUUACAUGUAGAUUUUAAUUGUCAUCAAAUUCAAAACCAUCAGGAAAUCGCAUACAAGCACACAAUUGUUUUUGUUGUUUAUGGAGUAGAAAACACAGAGAUUUCAAAGACACACCAAUGCAAAAUUUCCCAUAGCUGUUCUUAAAAUAACUAUACUUUUUUAAAAAAAAAACAAAUUUAUCCUAUCCUUAACUUCUUCGUCUGCCUUUUUUCGUGUAGGAAUACAUUAUACAAACUUGAGUGAAAGACACACUGCACCAAGAAAUAAAAAAAGAAAGAUUGCUAAAUAUGUAGAGAGCAAAAAUAACUGAUUCUGCUUUCCACAUAGAUAGCAACCUCACUGCAGCCUCUUCAGCCAUGGUUUAAGCAACCAGCACAUACGGACUAUUAGAGGUUUCAGUUUCCAAAGGAGUAGCUGCAUUUGUUGUUUUCUCAAGUGCAAAAAUUGAACAAUGUUCAGGUGAAGUGGCUUAGAGAGAAGACUUAUUUUAUUACUAGGCUGUCUGCCUGUAUGCUUUUUAUUAUGUUUUCACCAUUGAUUAUCUAUAAUGUGUUUUUAAUGUUACACACCAUUCUGGGAUCUUUUGAUAAAGCGGCAUAUAAGUGAAAUAAAUAAAUAUAAAAAAUAAAUAGCUCCGCUUCUAGCCUAGCGUUGCCUAAUCUGACUGGCAGUAUCCCUCCAACGUCUCAGGCAGACAUCUUCCACCUGAACAUUUUCGCUGGAGAUGUUGGCAAUUGAAUCAGUGACAUUCUGUAGGCCACUGAACUGUGGUCCUUUCCCACAAUACUUGGCGUUACAGUUAAUUUAGUACAUACCUGAGGAAGCAUAUAUUUCCUUAUGAACUGCAUGUGUGUGAGAGGGGGGGCGGUUCUGCCGCAGAACAAGGUAAAGGCACUUGCUGGAGGGGGGGAAUAGAUCGUCGUCGUCAUGAUCAUCAUCUUAGGUUUUUUUAAAAAAAAUGCAGCCAUAAUAAUGUGCUGCAAAAGACACAUGUGGUAGAAGGAGCUUCUUAGCUUUUCCUCCUCAUGGUUUUCCUCAUGUGUGACAGCCCUGCCCCUUCCUCCACAUGAGUCUUCUGCUGCAAGAAACCAAGCAGCACAUCCAGUUUGGGCCCAGUUAUUUCAUAAGCCCAACGGCACUUUCCUCCAUUGUCUCCAGAGACAGACAGAUGCCAGCCACAACCAUGUUCUGUGCUAAACUGUCCUGAAUGUUGGCUGCCCUGGGUAGAAAUAAUUAGAUACCAGAGAAUUAAGGUGGAACACAUCCAUGGAUCCUAUUUAUUUAUUUAUUUAUUUCACUAGUAUUUCAUUUGCUCUCUGGAUAGUUUAUGUAAUUUAUAAAACUCAAAAUAAAAUUUCAAUAAAAGUUAAAGCCAAGAUGCAUAACAGCCACAAACAGCUGUGAACACCAACUGCCCUACUAAAAUGAGCAUAAUGCACAAUAGUGCAUGCUGUGCACACAGAAAACCUUCAGGCCAAUUCCCGAAAUCGUUCCUGGGUGUUGCUGCCAGCCAGCAAAGCACAUGGAUGGACCCAGGGGUCUCCUUUGGGAUAAGGCAGUUUUCUACAUUCCUCCUUCAUAUGCCAUCCAGUAUAGCAUAAGCGCAUAUGUGCUGAAAAGUUUACAAUAGCUCCAUUUAAUUAAUUGCUUUAAAAGCAAGAGUUGAAUCAGCUUAAAAUUAUUUAAUGAGUGGUUGGCCCCAAUUUCUUUUCAUCUGGCGCAGCUUUAGCAGCUCUGUUCUUUGGAUCCCAAAUGACUUAAUGAUGGUGCUUGAAUUUCCCAUAAAUCUUCCCUAAUGGAAAGGAGAGGGAAAGAGAGCUUCAAUCUUGCCUGGUUCUUGGAUGCAACACACCCUUUCUCCUCCUGCCCAACUUAAUGGCAAUAUAUACUCCACCCAGACACUUCAUCAGAAGCUGCAGACAGUUGAGGCUCAGCUGCCAGCCAAAGCCAUAAAUUCUAGCAGCUCUCCCUAAGAGACCCGGGCACUUCAAGCUGCUCUGCGCAGCCCUGAGCAGAAUUUUAAUGCCAUGGAGCAGCAGGAAGAUGGGGAGAAGCAAAGGCAGGCGCAGCUCUCCCAUGGAAAGGAUCGUUCCUAGAAAUUCUGCCUGUGUGGAGAAGGCAGAGUAAUAGCUGUUUCCUUGGUGCUUCUCUGAGUCUCCCUUGCCCUCUCUCACACACGCUAUAACGGGGGCGGGGGGGGGGGCGAACAGCCACUUUCUCUAACUGCUGUUUCAAGCCUUCUGAAAUUGAGCUAAUUUGGUCCUCUGGAAAUCUGGGUAUAUUUAAAAUAAAUACAAGCAAUAUAUAAAUAUAUGUGCCUGAAGAGAGAUUAGUAGAGAGAGUUAGUAUUCUGCCACUGAAUUCACUGGGACAUACCCUCCAACAUUUCUCAGACGAAUAUAGGGACAUCCCAUUUCAUAAUGAUAAUUUUACUACUUAUACCCCACACCUCUUACUGGGUUGCACCAGCCACUCUGGACAGCUUCCAACAUUUAUAAAAACAUGAAACAUUAAAAAAACUUCCCUAUACAGAGCUGCCUUCAGAUGGUUUAGGGGGUUGGAUAACUCCAUCCCCUCCAAUGUUUCUCCAAUGAAAAAUAGGGACAUCCUAAGGAAAAGAAGGACAUUCUGAGAUCAAAUCAAAAAGCGGGAUGGCUUCUCUAAAUCAGGGACAUCCCUGGAAAAUAGGGACACUUGGAGGGUCUGCUGGCAGGGAUUUUAAAUCUGGCACCAAGUACAAGUCCCACUAGGAUUUGUUCCAUUUGAGAAGUCUGCAGUGCAGCUGAACCACAAGCGGGACUUGCUUUCAGCCUUGACUGCAAGCCCUGCUGGGAUUGACUGCACUUGGGAGAGAUUGCAAGAGAAACUCCUGAAUGCAGCUAAUCCCUGCUGAAAGCAGCACAAAAUUUAUCUUUUGCAACCAUGCCUUGCAAAAGAAUCUUCCUUUGCAGUCCUAGUUUGUUUUUAUUAUUAAAGCUGGAGUUAGAAAGAAACAAGGGGACUGUGAUCACCCUAUAUCAUAUGACUUCCCUGUCCAUUUGUCAAAAUGGCCCAUGGAAGGUGAUCCAGCUCCCCACACCAAAUGUGCACCCUAGAAGUACAGCUAUCAGGUAGACAGCAUUGGGUGCAACUUACUCCCUGCUGACAUACACUUGAUGGGCAACCUGGAUUUGCCCUGCACUGUGUGUGCAACGGCCCUCCAUGGACUGCCUUUCUGCACAGCUCACUCCUUCAUGAAGAGACCAUGUGUGUAAACUGCAGCUGUGAUCAGUGAAAGAAGGAAGCUGAUGCCCACUUUCAUAUAUCUUACAUGAAGCACUCAUCUAGAAGGCCUGUCAUUGGAAACUGAUUCAUGUGCACAAUUUUCCCAUAAAAGCAUUUUCCUGCCACCAAAGCAGGCAAUCCUUUGGGCCCAUUACUGGUGACUGUAUAUCUUUGUGUUCGAGUUUGGUGAGUAUUCAGCUUUACAGUUCCUUGGAGAGCACUGCCAUAUUUCAUAUUCUGCAUUAAUUGUGGAGGGCUUGCUCUUCUCUCCUUAACAGGUGAAUUGUAAGCUCUGCUCAUAAAACUCUAUUGGAGGCAAUAACUUAAGCAAGCAUAACCAGUAUAUCAGCCAUCCUUCUCUGUGGUCAAGCUAGGCAAGCAGCAAGGUUGUGAAAUACAAUACCAGAAGGGGAAAGGGGGUGUGCUAUAUGAACAAUGUGCUCUAUAUCACUUUGAAAAUUUGAUGUACGACAUUGUUGGCUAUGCACGAACAUCUACUGCAUUGUGACUUCCAGGGCAGAAGCUGUGGCUGACCAGGGCCCCUUACUGAUAUCCCCUGCCUCCAUUCAUUUGUCACGUUUCAGGAAAGUAAAGUUAUGGUCCAUUCACUUCCAGAGAUGAAAAGGGAAACAGACAGCCAAUAUUCCACCCAGUUGCUCUGCAAGAAGUAAAUCUGUUCUUGUCUUCCAGAGGGUUGGCCAGUUAAUGUUCAGCCACUGGGAGGACUGACAAGCACUUAGCUCUCAAAAAUAAAAAUAAAAUAACCUCAGUUCAGAACCUAAACUUUAAAAAAUAUGUUACUUGAUGUCAUACUGGCUUUAAGACCCAAGACUACCUGGAGCACUCACUUCAGAACUACAAGAUCCUGACUUAAAUCGGUUUGCACUUUGCUUUGUCUGAGGGUGACAGUUUGUUCAUGGCCAACAGUUUGCCCUGAGUCCGCUACCUUCUUGGCUGGUUGGUGCUACUGGUGGUCACGAGAGCCAGGCUCCGAGGAGACGGUGUCAGGCCACCACCAUUGGGAGUUGCUGACAUGUGGGGUGCAUGAGAGCAAAACACAGCUGGAGUGUAUGGAUUUUGAGUUUACAUAGUGAUGUGUGUGUCCAGAUGGGGACUUACAUGACCUGCAAAUUUCAAAAAUUAGUGAAACUGAGGGUUCAAUCAUAACACCUGGUGUUGGUGCCAGGGGGUGAGAUUAGGAUGGCACACAGGCCCCUCUCUGCCUAUGGAAAAGGGGCAUAGCCUCUGAGGCAGCAGGACCUCAGAUGUGACAGAGGACCCAGCACUCCAUCCUCUCCGCAAAGCUCCUUCUAGGAUUCCUCUAUAAAGACAUGGUAAAAUGCAAUCUGAACAGGAGUUGAAGCAUGUAUGGAAAAUAAUUGUGGAAAUUGGCAUACCAUAGAUAAAAAGGAGACCCAGUUUGGCAUAGUAGGAGAACUGGGUUCAUAUUUUUCCUGCCUGUUGCAAGUAUCCUGAGCUAGGGAGAUCCAGGAGCUGGGCUGAGCAGGGACAGCCAAGCAAUUAGCCAGGAAGCUGUUGACAGUUAAGAAGGUGGCUGCCAGUGUGCAGUAUGCAUGUCUAGAAGGCAAGUCUGAUAACGGAGCAAAGAACAGGCAGAAUAGGGAGCAUUUGUUUGCAAAUAUAAUCCCAGAAACACUGACGUUUUCUGCAACAGAACAAGUUUUGAUGAGGAGCUUAGCAGAUUGCCAUGUUUUGUGAGCUGCAUCAAGCUAGGGAUUGGUCAAGCAGAGUUUUGACAUCUGUGGAAUGUCAGAGAAAAGAAACAAGGAGGAAGUGCUGACAGAAAGAUGGAGGUUGACUCAAAAAGGUGUGCUGUUUUAAAAUUUCACUUUGAACAGAUGGCUCUGAAGAAACGGCUAUAGUUUAUCUCCAAUUUUUGUGAUUUUGCUCUAUUCCUUUGGUUAAGAUUCUAAUUUCCAGAACACUAGAUCAGAUUCUUGUGGUCAUUUUUAUCCUGCUGUUAUUUCCAUAAGGUGAAUCCUGUUUGUGCCACUGUAAAAUGUGCAGUGAGACAUGUUCCUAUGGAAUGUCGUCCAGGUCAGACUAAUGGCCUCCAAGCCAGAUAUGGUACUUGAGGUCACUUUUUUCUGGUUCCCAAUAGCUCUGCUGCAUUUUAAUCCAAUAAUAGGGAAACAUUUGCUCAGAGUCUCAUUUGUAACAAAUGCCUGUUUAAACAGGCCUUUAAAACAUUGUUUCCUUAGCACAAUAAGAAUUUAUUUGUGCUUUUAUUGAUAUCUUUGUUGAUUUAUUUUUAUAUGUUGCAUUCUGCCUUGCUGUAUUUUUUUAUGGAAGUGCAGAUUAUACAUUUGUAAAUGAAUGAAUAAAUGAAUUCUGUCCUGAGUAGUCCUGGGAGUAUUAUUUAGGUAUUAUUUUAUUGUUUAGGGAAGUGGUGGCGUUAAUAUAAUGGCUGACCUAAGACCCCACCCAGGGAGCUAUUUGUUGAGCUGAGAUUUUAAUCAGGGAUUUCUUAGUUCAUAGACAAGGCUCUUAACCAAGCAUUAGUUAGUUCCUCAGUGUUCCUCAAUAAAACCUUUAAUUUUCAGCCUUUCUAAUUUUAUAUUUUUAUUCAACUUAUACACUGCCCUAUACCCUGAGGUCUCAGGGCGGUUCACAACAUGACCACAACAUAUAAAAUCAAACCAAAAGCAAUAACCCAAUAACCCCCCCCCCCCCAAAAGAACCACAUUCUAAAAGGGUGUUGGAUGUCAAUAAGUUCAACCAAAGGCCUGGUUAAAAGGGAACAUUUUUGCCUGGCGCCUAAAGGUGUAUAAUGAAGGUGCCAGGUGAACUUCCCUGGGGAGAGCAUUCCACAGACGAGGAGCCACUGCAGAGAAGGCCCGUUCCCAUGUUGCCACCCUCCGGAACUCUCGAGGAGGAGGCACACGAAGAAGGGCCUCGGAAGAUGAUUUCAAGGUCCACUUAGGUUCAUAUGGAAAGAGACAGUCCAUCAGGUAUUGUGGUCCUGAACCAUUUAAGGCUUUAUAAUUCAAAACCAGCAUUUUGAAUUGGGCGCGGAAACUGUUUGGUAGCCAGUGCAGUUGGACCAGGAUCAGUGUAAGAUGCUCAAACCGUCUCGCUCCGGUGAGCAACCUGGCUGCUGAAUUCUGCACCAGCUGAAGUUUCUGAACCAUCUUCAGAGGCAGCCCUACAUAUAAUGCAUUGCAGUAAUCUAGCCUUGAAGUUACCAGAGCACAGACAGCAGUAGCUAGGCUAUCCAUGUCCAGAUAGGGGCAUAGUUGGACCCCCAGCUGAAGCUGAUAGAAGACACUCUGGGCCACUGAGGCCACCUGAGCCUCAAGCGACAGCAAAGGAUCCAGGAGGACCCCCAAGCUAUGAACCACUUUCCUUCAGAGGAACUGUAACCCCAUCAAGCAGGCGACCUCCCACCCAUCUGAUCUAGGGAACCACCCGCUAACAGUGCCUCAGUCCGAUAUGGAUUGAGCUUCACUUUGUUGGCUCUCAUCCAGUCCAUUACCGAGGCAAGACAACGGUCCAGCACUUCCACUGCCUCACCUGCAGAUGCAAAGGAGAAAUAGAGCUGAGUGUCAUCAGCAUACUGCUGACAACAUACUCCAAACCUCCGGAUAACCCCACCCAGCAGUUUCAUGUAGAUCAGACAUGUUCAACCGAUCGACCGCGAUGGACAGUGAGAUCCCCGGGGUGAUCGUGGUCAAUCGCAGAUGAUCCUUGUCGAUUGCGGCAUUAAAUCGAUUGGUCAAGGAAUGUCACCGCCCCUGUCGCUAGGUCCCUCCGCUGCAGCAGCAGGCAUCAAUCGUAAUUAAGCGCGGCAUGAACUCUGCCCCCCAAAAAAGCUCAACAACUCUGAGAGCAAUCUCCCCCCACUUCCAGCCAUGACAUGGCUCCCCAAAUCUCUUUUCUGAUGAGAGCAGCUUUUGCAUCUCAUUUAGAAACCAAGGACCCAGAGUCUGGAGGAAGAAUGGGGAGGCUCACAAUGCCAGAUGCUUGAAGUCCAGUGUGAAGUUUCCACAGUCUGUGUUGAUCUGGGGAGCCCUGUCAUCAGCUGGUGUUGGUCCACUGUGCUUCAUUAAAGUCCAGGGUCAACGCAGCCGUCUACCAAGAGAUUUUGGAGCACUUCAUGCUUCCUUCUGCAGAUGAGCUUUAUGGGGAUGCUGAUUUAAUUUUCCAGCAGGACUUUGUCACUGCCCACACUGCCAAAAGUACCGAAACCUGGUUCAAUGGACAUGAGAUUACUGUGCUUGAUUGGCCAGCAAACCCGCCUGACCUGAACCCCAUAGAGAAUCUAUGGGGCAUUGCCAAGAGAAAGAUGAGAGACAUGAGACCGAGCAAUGCAGAAGAGCUGAAGGCUGCUAUUGAAGCAUCCUGGUCUUCCAUAACACCUCAGCAGUGCCACAGGCUGAUAGCAUCCAUGCCACGCCGCAUUGAGGCAGUAAUUGAUGCAAAAGGAUCCCAAACCAAGUACUGAGUACAUGUGCAUGCUUCUACUUCACAGAGGUCCAAUAUUUCUCUAUUUGCAAUCCUUGUUUUGCUGAUUUCAUUUAAUAUUCUAAUUUUCUGAGAUCGUUAAUUUAGGGUUUUCAUCAGCUGUACGCCAUAAACAUCACAAUUAUAACAAAUAAAGGCUUGACAUAUCUUGCUUUGAAUGUCAUGAGUCUAUCUCAUAUAUUAGUUUCACUUUUUAAGUUGAAUUACUGAAAUAAAUGAACUUUCCCACAAUAUUCUAAUUUUCCGAGUUUCACCUGUAAAUUGGCUUAAAAAGAAGAGGAAAAGCACGGGUAUUUUAAAGUGAGGGGCUAAAUAUCUAAAGGACAUGGUGUAAAUAAUAACUCAUGCUUUUUCUUGUGCACCAGGUGCUGAUCUUCCUUACAAUGGUCAAGUGAUUGGAGGUGGUGUUAACAGGAAUUCAGCUAUUAUUGGAGGUAAGCAAGUACAUGUCCUGCCUUUCAGAAGGGAAUGUUGAUUUCUAUGCUGAUAAGAUACGAUGUUUGCAAGUAUCUUUUUAAAUACCUAAUUUAAAACACACAUAUAAUUUCCAAGGCUAAGCUAGCAAAGAGAAAAGAAUUUUCAGCUAUAUUUGUGCUUAGUUUCCCAGAACUGUUAGGACAGAGUGCAUAAUAAGUGGAAAUAAAGACAUUUAAUUAUGAAGCAGUAUGUGAUAGGUAGUUUGAAUUCUGAUGGCAUAUCCUGCUACAUUCAGCAUGUAAACUGGCUGUGCUGGGCAUCGCACCCACCAGCCCUGUAGGUUGCUGCUCUGUCCGAAGGGACGUGGGCCUUGCUGCGGAACCAAUCUGCCGCUGCGUUUGGGGCCAGGGAGGAAUUUGCCUGCAGACAAGUUGGGCCUGUCUGGGGGUUUUGCCUUCCUCAUAGCAACUGUCAAAACGUUUGGCAGAAACAGGCAUUGGGGACUCAGCUAUACAGCUGCAAAUAAAAUGUUUUAAAUGUGUUGUAAAGCGCAACAAACAGAUGUGACACUAGAUGGCAAAAGUGAGCUAUCCAGGUUCAAAUUUCAGGGUACCCCAGUGAAGGCGUUGCGAGGGAAGGUUUCUGUCCAAUGGCCCAGAUGGUGGUUAAUGGGCCAUAGAUCUCCCCAAAUGACAACCUGGCAGAUUUGCCCUAUUUGAUUUGCAUCUUGGGGGGAUCCUUAACCCAGGAUCAACUGUGAUGGAGUAAUCAGCCAGCAAAUGAGCUGGUUGAUUCAGGAUACAUCCCCAAUGCCUAUGCCACACUAUAGUUAGAAUUAAGGGUGUCAUGAAGCAGCUCUUCCAAUUAGGCCCUGUGGCAUGAAGUGCAGCACUCUGUAGUGUCAGCUGCACAAGCCCCACUGAACUAUUUGCCAGUUAAUGGACAUGCGUGAAGAAUGGAGCAAUAAGACGGGAGGCCUUCUCUGUUACCAUGAGAGAGGUUGCAGAGACAAUAUUGUACCCAUGUCAUAUCAGACAGUAUAUGAAAUCUAAACUGUUUGCUCAUUUGUUUUUGAAUCUGAAACCUUCCGCCUUUCUCUCUCUGUUAGGUGUCAUUGCCGUUGUGAUCUUCACCAUCCUCUGCACCCUGGUCUUCCUCAUUCGCUACAUGUUCCGCCACAAGGGAACUUACCACACCAACGAAGCCAAGGGGGCAGAAUCUGCAGAGAGCGCUGACGCAGCCAUUAUGAGCAACGACCCCAAUUUUACUGAGACCAUUGACGAGAGCAAAAAGGAGUGGCUGAUCUGAAACUGGAAGCAGAAAGAAAAGCCGAUGGCUUGGGGAAAGGGGGAGGGAAGACUUUUACAGCAAGAAGAAAAGAGCUCUCUUGCAGACUCUUGAACAAAUCUAGUUUUUAAAAAAGAUCAGCACAACCGGAGGAGCAACUGUUAGGACUGGAGCUGCCACAGCAUUUCAGAAAAGGCCUUUUUAAUAUUGGUUUACUGUGAAUUUGCCCUUCUUGUAUCCAUCUAAACUAAGAGUAUAAUUUAAGAGGUUCACGCUUGUCAGUCACCACCUGUCUUCUUUGUCUGUGGCUGGAGGUGUUCAGAAAUACCUGUGGAAACAGGGACCACUUUUCUAUAUUUUUUUUAGAAGCCCUUUAGAAUGUAAAUACUUCUCUCCUGAGAACAGCAAAGCAAUCCUAAAGCCUGAGACCGUUCUUCUCUAGCAUUCUUGCAUAGAUAAUUUCCUAGAAAGGAUGUUGUACUCACAUACAGUGUCAAUGAUUGUUAUUUUAAUGCAUGGUUUAACGUUUCCACUUUGGUGAAUCUACACUAUAGAUUUAAAAUGGUUUAACAGUCACCUCCUCUCCCAGAGAAUUCAGGGAACUGUGGGGAAGGCUAGGAAUUUCUCAGUGUCCCAUCGGAUGCUACCUUGUAUGGGAGCUGCUGCACCAUGGCUCAGUCAUAUCAAAUGCUUGAGGAAUCGAUAUCGCAGUUCCUUCCCUCCCCCAAUGGCUCCAGUUCCUGGGAGGGCUGAUUCUGGUAUCUCAAGGGGUGGGUUCCAGUAUUACUGCCUGAUGCAGGACAGGACCGUGCUGCAAUGGCUCCCACAAUUUUAAGUUUAGCCCUAGCAGAUAAUUUUAGCUUCCUCACUAAAGUACAGUUUUCUGGAUUCUUCGGGGGAGGGUAGAGAGAACAUGAUUGUUGAAAAAGAUUAAAGCUGGUACACAUUUGUAGUGUAGAUCUGCCUGCAGAGAGCAAGAAACCUGGAGCAUAGGAAGCACCUGAGAGAAAACCACAUUUGCCUGUUUCAGUUGCCUGCCAUCUGUGCCAGCACCUUCAAAUCUCUGUGUGCUGAGGGCACAUAAUGAUGAUUGUGUAAAAGUACGUAACAAUAAUGUUUAAAAACUCCUCAUAUUCUCAUCCUUGUAGUUGUCAGAGAGGAGUAUCAUAAGGCACAGGAAUCCUUAGUUAAUUUCUUGCUGAGAUCUGAAGAAAGACCUUUCCAUUUGACUCUGCUGACCUGAAGUCCUCAUGCCACAUCUGUUCCACCUGUGACAUAUUGAUGCUAUACGUAUGUAGACAUAAGCAUUGCAGUAGGGAAUUAGAACCAGAUUUUAGACUUUUUUUGCUUCUGUUUCUGACAUAUAGGCUGCUGCAGAAGUACUGAUCUUGGAGAUUUCGUGUAAAACACAACAUACUGCUGAAUUCUUCUCUUCUCCUUUACAAUUUCCCAAUGGAACACUGUUCUGAAGGAUAUCUGUGAAGCAGUUUUCUCCCAAGAUGAGAGGCGGAAAUUAAGAGAUCAAAUAGUCCUGUGUGCAGAAAGAGCUGCAGAAUUGCACAGUCCUAGAGUCCAUUGCACAGUCCUUUUCUUUAAAGGUCUUUCUCAUUAUCUCUGUUCAGCCAAUUGGAAGGCAGCUAAGGCAAAAGUCAGUUCUUCAGGGACAUGGGUCAUAUAGAUCACCUGAAAUUUACACCUCUCUAAAAUGGAGAAAGCUGGGGCCAAGUCAUACACCUUUAAGUGAUGGAAAGCUAUGGUUGAGUGAAAGUGCUGUCUCAGCUCCGGCAUGUGGCUUGAGGUUUCUUACAAUGCAGUUUCCACCAGUGGAGUUCUGCUUAGUGAAUUAUAAACUGGUUUAACCAACAGAACUUUCCCCAAGAACAUUGGAAAUGGCAGUUCUAUGUGGAGGAGUUCUUUGCAGCUUGACUAUAGCUCUUUAUAUGCUUAAAAGCAUCCUUGGAUUCCUUUGGCAGUUAAACAGGCAAGAAUCUGGUUUAGGUUUCUUUAAUGUGCAAUCACCACAUCCUUCAAUAACAACCACCUUUGACUGACCUUGGGAAAGGGCCCCUCCUUUGCAGUAGACAGGAUUAGUCAAUGAUUCUCUUGAGUGACAGGUGAUUUUUAAAAAAGAAUUCCCAAUGGUGAUUGAGGAGAUUCUACACUGACAAAGCCUUACGGAAAGUUGUAUAGUACAACCUAAUGAAGAUAUAUGAUUGUAUGGCCUCUUGCUUAUUAUGUAUUUUUAAAAAAUGAAUUAUUUCUUGUGAAAAGUUUUUUGCUUAUGACGGCUGUGGUUCCAUGUAAUUCAUCUGCUCACAAUUUUGGUAUGCACAGCUUUGAAACAUUUCUAUAUCAACUACGUCUGAGAAAGAAUGAUGGGGAAAUCAAAAAUAACUGUAGCUCAACAUACUAAAGACUACUAUUCUCUUUU